CCGCACUAUCCGCUAACUAUUCGCAAUCGACCGACGUCUUGGUUGUUGGACUUGGGUUAAAAUGACUUAACUUCUGCUAAAUGAACCCGUGGACUAGUAUCAGUUAUUCGCAGUGGCGUAUUUAUUUCUUUUUGGGCGAACGCCGAAGCGACGGUUUAAUAAGGACCUGUAGCGUCGAGUGAGAGUUUUUUUUGUGCGUUGUGCUGCGUGGCGGCGUGAUGGAGAAGCAGUCGAGGUGGUCGGAGCAGCGCGUGCAGCAAAGCAUGCAGCAGAGCUCGCAGCAGAGCACGCAGCAGCAGAGCGUGGAGCGGCGCGAGGAGGUGGUGCAGCAGGUGCAGCAGACGCAGCAGACGCAGCAGCGCACCGAGCACCACUACACGCGCCAGAUGCUCAUGCAGCAGCGAGUCGAGAGCUCUGGCGAUCGUUUGCCUAUUACAUCGGGCAGACCUGGUGACCCUUCACCGCCGAUUUUCGAGCAAAUAUUCAAAAAUGCGAGGUUCGCGCAAGGCGGCAAUGCGAAAUUCGAGGGCAAACUUAGAGGAAAUCCGACCCCAGUCGUGUCUUGGACGAGAAAGAAGGCACCUCUGGUGGAAUGCAAUAAGUAUAGUAUGAGUUACAACGAGCAGACCGGCGACGUGUCUUUGCUGAUCAAACAGAUCGGGCCCGGCGAUGAGGGCGAAUAUACAUGCACGGCGCGCAAUCAGUAUGGAGAAGCUAUCUGCUCUGUGUACAUUCAGCCGGAAGGCGUACCUGUACCCGCACAUCAGGCAUCGCAACAACAAAGCUAUCGCCAUGUCAGUGAGAGUGUCGAACAUAAGUCAUACGGCACCCAGGGUUACUCUUCGGAGCAAUCCAAACAAACACAAAAAGUUGCGUACACCAACGGCACUGACUACUCUGCUACAGAAGACUUCAAGGUCGACACUUUUGAAUACAGACUUCUGAGAGAGGUAUCCUUCCGCGAGACCAUCACAAAGAGGUACAUCGGAGAGUCUGAUGUUCAAAUCAGCACCGAAAUCGAAAGAAAUCUAGGACCGGCGUCUCCGCCGAAAAUAUCUCAGAAACCUAGAAACUCUAAGCUUCAGGAAGGAGCCGACGCACAGUUUCAAGUACAGCUGUCUGGUAACCCGCGACCUCGGGUGACAUGGUUCAAAAACGGGCAGAGGAUAGUCAACUCGAAUAAACACGAAAUUGUAACGACUCAUAAUCAAACGACUCUUAGAGUAAGGAAUACACAAAAGUCUGAUAACGCACACUAUACAUUAUUAGCUGAAAAUCCCAACGGAUGCAUUGUCACAUCGGCGUAUCUGGCCGUUGAAUCUCCCCAAGAAUCUUAUGUACAGGAUCAAAAAUCACAGUACGUAAUUGAUACUCAGCAAACUGGGGUGGAAGAAAGAGUAGAAAUUAGUGAAAAAGCUCUCGCUCCGCAAUUUGUUAAGGUAUGCCAAGAUAGAGAUGUCACGGAGGGCAAAAUGACGCGUUUCGAUUGCCGCGUCACUGGCAGACCUUACCCAGAAGUCACGUGGUUCAUUAACGAUAAACAAAUACGAGACGAUUAUAAUCAUAAGAUAUUAGUAAACGAAUCUGGUAAUCAUGCACUUAUGAUUACAAACGUCGAUCUUAGUGACAGUGGUGUUGUGACAUGUGUCGCGUGCAACAAGAGUGGCGAGACAUCGUUCCAGUGCCGACUGAACGUAAUCGAAAAGGAGCAAGUAGUCGCUCCUAAGUUUGUAGAACGUUUCAGCACGUUAAGCAUUCGCGAAGGCGAGCCUGUUAUGCUGCGUGCGCGCGCGGUCGGUACUCCAACACCCAGAAUCACUUGGCAGAAGGACGGCGUUCAGAUUAUACCCAAUCCAGAACUACGAAUUAAUACCGAUGGUGGGGCCUCGACGUUGGACAUAUCACGAGCUAAGGCGUCGGAUGCGGCAUGGUACCAGUGCACAGCCCAGAACGUCGCAGGUUCCACCGCCACUCGGGCUAGGCUCUACGUUGAAGUACCGAAAGAGCCACCGCCCGAGCAAAAGCGUCUGCACUUACCCCGGCCUACCAAGAUAAUUGAACCGGAGCCUGCUCCCGGUCCAGAAAUCAUAUACUUGAGGCAUGUGGAAAGAGCAAGACCUUACGUUCCUCCUGGUGAGGAAGACCGGAUUUAUCCUCCACCACAGUUUAUUGUGCCACUCAAAAGCGUCACACAGAUGGAGGGUGGCAAAAUACACUUUGAAACGAGGAUAGAACCCGUCGGUGAUCCAACGAUGAAGAUAGAAUGGUUGAGAAAUGGACAAAGCAUAGAAGCAAGUUCCCGAUUUACUUCAAUAUUCCGUUUUGGUUACAUAUCUCUUGACAUACUAAGUCUUAACAUGCAAGACAGCGGUGAAUAUACAUGUCGUGCUGUUAGUUCAACUGGCGUUGCUGAAACCAAAGCCAUGUUGCAAGUCACUCCUCGAGCGACCAUUGAGAGAACAAGCCAGCAUCCGGAGAGUUUACAGUACAUCCAACAGCUGGAGGAUUACUCUAGGUAUCAACACCAGGAAUCAAUCGAGGAACAGAUUAAUCAAAGGCCGCAGUUUAUAAGGCCUCUGCAAGACUUAGGCGAAUUGCAAGAGGGCAGAAAUGCGCAUUUCGAGGCUCAGCUUACACCCGUAAGCGACCCUACUAUGAGAGUGGAGUGGUACAAAGAUGGCAGACCAAUCACAGCCAGCUCGCGAAUCACGUCAAUCUUCAACUUCGGUUACGUCUCCCUUAACAUCAUGCACCUACGGGCUGAAGAUGCAGGUUCGUAUACAGUGAGGGCUGUGAACAAGUUGGGCGAAGCCAUCAGUACUGCUUCCAUCAGAGUAGCAGCAAGAAGUACGGUUACAGCUGAUCUCGGCAUACCAGAACAGAAACGAUAUAUCGAAAAGACUGAGCAGUUAGAAGCUUAUCAACAAAUGCAACACCAGAAGUAUUAUCAAGAAGUACCUGAAAGCACUCAAAAACCAGAAUUUAAGACACCUAUCAAGGAUCAAAUAAACAUUAAGGAAGGCGGGUUUGCUCAUUUCGAGGCACGUCUUGAGCCCGUCGGCGACUCGACUUUGAAAGUAGAGUGGCUCAAGGAUGGUCGUCCUGUUGAAGCAAGCUCAAGGAUCACUACUUUCUUCAAUUUCGGAUACGUAGCACUGACUAUUAAAUCUGUGACAGUGCACGAUGCUGGUCAUUACACCUGUCGGGCCUAUAAUGCUCUGGGACAGGCCACGACCGCUGCUAAUCUUACAAUUGUAUCCAAAAGAGAUAUCAUUGCUGAGUCACAGCACCCCGGAGGUCUUGAAAAAAUUCAACAUCUCGAAGAUUCGAGUAAAUAUAUGAGGCGAGCUGAGGAAGAAGUAAGAGUAACACAAAAACCUCGGUUCUUGGGACCUCUAAAAGGUACCAAUAAAAUUGUUGAAGGCCAAAGUGCCCAUUUCGAAGCUAGAGUGGAACCGCAAAGUGAUUUGACUAUGUCAGUAGAAUGGUAUUUUAAUGGCAAGCAGAUCAAAACUGCCAACCGCAUUCAGACCUACCAUGACUUUGGAUAUGUGGCAUUAGACAUCACCAGCGUACGAGCUGAGGAUGCCGGCACCUACACUGUCGUUGCCCGUAAUGCCGCAGGCGAAGCACAACUCAGCGCCUCAAUGACUGUUGAAACACGAUCAAGCAUCGACACUUCCAGCAUUCAUCGCGGUCUGUACGAAAAAACUCGUCAAAUGGAGGAAUCUAAGUUUGUGGAACCCGUUUACCACAUUGAAGAAAUUUCGAAAUCAAAGCCAGUAUUUGUGCAACCCUUGUCAGAUCCCGCACCAGUAUCUGAAGGCAGGAAUAUACAUUUGGAAUGCAGGUUGGAACCUAUGGGUGAUCCAACAAUGAGGGUAGAAUGGUUUCAUAAUGGCAGACCCGUGACGGUUGGUUCUCGCUUCAAAACUUAUUAUGAUUUCGGAUUUGUAGCUUUAGAUAUUAUACAUGCUACAUCCGUUGAUUCUGGAGAAUAUACUGUGAGAGCAGUUAACCACUUGGGUUCGGCGCACACGUCAGCGAUGGUACGUGUUAUAGAGAGAUCGGAUAUAAUGACUGACACACAACAUGAACAAGCAGUGGAACAAAUUCAAAUGCUCGAAGACGCAGCGCGCAGGAGCAGACAAGUACAAGAUGACAUUACAGUCAUGCAAGCGCCACAGUUCUCACGAGCAUUGCACAAUAUCGAAACUAUCGAAGGAACCAAUGUACAUUUAGAAUGCAGACUACAGCCUGUAGGCGACCCCACUAUGAGGGUAGAUUGGUUUUGUAAUGGCAGACCAAUAAAGACUGGCCAUAGAUUCCGACCAGCCUAUGAAUUCGACUAUGUAGCAUUGGAUCUCCUCAGCGUCUAUCCAGAGGAUUCAGGCGUUUACACCUGCCAGGCUACUAAUCAACUUGGAGAAGCUGUCACAUCAUGUGCUCUUCGUGUUAUUGCUAAGAAAGACUUAAUAUUUGAGUCACAGCAUCCGUCAGGCUUGGAGAAAAUUCAGUAUUUAGAAGAUGCUUCCCGCUACAAGAAAUCAGAAAUUGUAGACGAAACUGUUAAUAUUAAACCUCACUUUGUAACAAAACCCAAAUCUAUUGAGAAUGUUAAGGAGGGUCAACAUGUUCACUUUGAAUGCAAACUGGAACCUGUUACUGACUCCAACUUAAAAGUUGAGUGGUUCAAGAAUGGUCAACCUGUAACUAUUGGCCACAGGUUCAGACCUAUUCAUGACUUUGGUUAUGUUGCACUUGACAUAAUCGAUUUGAUUGCUGAAGAUUCCGGCAUAUAUACAUGCAGAGCCGUAAAUCUUGUUGGCACCGAUGAAGUGAGCUGCAGGUUGACAUGUCGUGGAACUGCAGACAUAAUAAGAGCUACACAGAAUGAAGCUGGUCUAGAACAAAUACAAAGUUUAGAAGACAGGUCUAAGUAUCAUAGGACAGACCAUAUUGAGGAUGUAACUACUCAGGCACCAAUAUUCACAACAUCUUUGAAAAACAUUGAAAUUAGAGAGGGUCAACGAGCCCAUUUUGAAUGUAGAUUGAUUCCAGUUUCCGAUCCUACCUUGAAAGUUGAAUGGUAUCACAACAAUAAACCAUUAAAAAGUGGUUCGAGGUUCACUGAAACAAAUAAUUUCGGUUUCGUAGCUCUUGACAUCUUGUCCUGUUUGCCAGAAGAUUCAGGUACUUACACCUGCAGAGCUAUCAAUGCCUUAGGUGAAGCAGUCACGUCUGGAAUCGCCAUUGUACAUUCCAAAAAAUCUAUUUACUUGGAGUCACAACACGAGGGAGCUCUGACAAGACUAAAUCAACUAGAAGAUACUUCCCGAUACCAAAGGCACAGUGCUCAGGAGGAAGUCGUUACCCAGGCGCCGGUUUUCACUAUGCCGAUGAAGGACCUAAGAGUAGCUGAAAAUCAAGCUGCUCACUUUGAAGCUCGUCUCAUCCCUGUAGGUGACCCUAAACUGAGGGUUGAAUGGUUGCGUAACGGCGUACCUAUCGAAGCUUCAAAUCGUCUGACGACAAUGCAUGACUUUGGAUAUGUAGCCCUUAACAUGAAGUAUGUGAACCCUGAGGAUUCCGGCACCUACACUUGCCGGGCUAUAAACGAACUUGGUGAAGCCGUUACGUCGUCUACAUUAUUCGUUCAAUCCAAGGCAUCACUUCAACUCGAGUCACAACACGAGAGCGCACUGGAGAAAAUUCAGCAAUUGGAAGACACUUCGCGUUACCAACGCAGAGAAGACGUUGAAGUAUCUGUCAACCAAGCGCCUCGCUUCAUCACCCAGCUUAAUGGACCGUCGAGACUGGUGGAGGGACAAAGCGCACAUUACGAGUGCCGCAUCGAGCCAUAUCCUGACCCGAAUAUGAGAGUUGAGUGGUACUUCAACGGCAAAGUGUUACAGAGUGGACACCGCUACCGCACUGCUUAUGACUUUGGCUUUGCUGCUCUUGAUAUUCUUACUGUGUAUGGAGAGGAUUCUGGCGAAUACACCUGCAAGGUCAUUAACAACUUGGGACAAGCAACUUCGUCUAUCAAACUGAAUGUUCAAUCAAAGGAAUCAAUUAUCAGAGACACUCAACAUGAGAGUGCGCUUGAGAAGAUUCAAUACCUGGAGGACGAUAGCAGAUACAAACGUGUAGUCCGUGAUGAGAGUUUUAUUGCUGAAAAGCCUCAAUUUGGAAAACCUUUGAAGAACGUGCAAGUGCCUGAAGGCAAACCUGUACAUCUGGAAGCAACACUGACCCCUGUCAAUGACCCCACGAUGCGUGUUGAGUGGUACUGUAACGGAAGACCUAUUCAGCAAGGACACAGGUUCAAAACCACAUAUGAUUUCGGAUACGUGGCUUUGGAUAUCCUGUACGCUUACGCUGAAGAUAGUGGCACUUACAUGUGCAAAGCCACCAACGCUGUCGGAGAAGCUGUCACCACUAGCUCUGUUAAUGUAGCUGCCAAGGCCGGUCUUUAUCUUGACACCUUAGAUGAGCAAAGGUUGAAAAAGAUUCAAGAACUCGAGAAAUACGAGAGGCCUAAAGCGGUUGAGGAGGAGAAACCAGGUCAAAGACCCGUAUUUUUAACUGCUCUUACUAGUCUCGAGAACUUGAAGGAAGGAGACCGUGCCCACUUUGAAUGUAGAGUUGAGCCUAUUAACGACCCUGAUCUAACAAUUGAAUGGUUCUUGAACGGGAAAAAGAUCAGAGCUGGUCAUAGAUACAGAACCACACAUGACUUUGGUUAUGUCGCGCUUGACAUUCUGUACACUUAUUCUGAAGACUCUGGAACAUACAUGUGUAAAGCUACCAAUAAAUUAGGUGAAGCAGUUAAUACAUGCACGUUGAAGGUUGCAGGGCACAGGAGUAUCAUUCUGGAUAGUCAGCAUCCUAACGGGCUUGAAAAGAUAAGACAGCUUGAGGCACAAGGCCAUCACACCAGAAUGGAAAUCGAAGAGCCACAAGUCACUCCACCUCGAUUCGUUACAGAAUUAAGAGGUACCACACACGUUUAUGAAGGACAAACAGCUCAUUUUGAGUGUCAAGUAGAGCCGGUACAUGAUCCUAAUCUUCGCAUUGAGUUCUACCACAACGGCAAAGCCCUGCAAUCUGCGUCUAGAUUCCAUAUCACUUUUGAUUUUGGUUAUGUGUCAUUGGAUAUCCAGCAUUGUGUCCCUGAAGAUGCCGGUGAAUACUCGGUGAAAGCAAUUAACGCCCUGGGACAUUGUACUUCAUCUAUAUCCAUGACCGUAACAGCAAAAGGUAGUAUUAUAUCGGAAUCUCAACGUCCUGAAGGCUUAGAGAAGAUCCGAGAAUUGGAAUCAGCUGAACCAUUCAAACGUCCUGAGAUCCCAGAACCAGUGACCAGACAACGCCCCGUAUUCACUCAACCUCUACAGAAUAUUGAUAAUAUUCAAGAGGGGCAGACUGCACACUUCGACUGUAGACUUAUUCCAGUUGGAGAUCCUACUCUUAAAGUAGAAUGGUUUAGAAAUGAAAAGCUUAUUGAAGACAGCUCUCGAAUUACAAAGACACACGACUUUGGAUAUGUGUCGAUGACUAUCACUCAUGUUAGGGAUGAAGAUGAAGGAGUCUACAUGUGCAGAGCAUCUAAUCUUCUAGGUGAAGCUGUUACAACAGCUGCCAUGAGAAUAAAGACAAAGGCAGCCAUUCAACUGGACACUCAACAUCCAGAAGGCAUGAAAAAGAUUCAACGUCUUGAAGAGUCACAGCCCAGGAGGCCCGACGAACCCGAACGCGAGUUCGAGAAACCCAUAUUUACGCAAGUGCUCACUGGACCCUCUGAGCUAUGGGAGGGGCAACAUGCUCAUUAUGAAGCUCGCGUUGUUCCUGUAGGUGACCCCAGCUUGCGAUUUGAAUGGUACAUCAAUGGGGUUGAACUUAAAAUGGGAUCGAGAUUCCGCACCACCCAUGACUUCGGAUUUGUCACGCUAGACAUCAACUCCGUUGUAUCCCAAGAUGCUGGAGUCUACAUGUGUAAAGCUAUCAACAAAGCUGGUAGCACUGUUUCUUCAACCGCACUCAAAGUUAAAACUAAGUCGACAAUUGUCGAUCAAGCUAUGAGACCCGAAUCUUGGGAGCAAAUCCAGUUGAAGGAGGCUGCCAUGAAUAAAGUGCCAGAAAUGUUCGUUGAACCAGGUGUGCAACAAGCACCUAUUUUCACGACUCACCUCAAAAGCUAUGAUAAGCUCGUUGAAGGUCAGCACGUUUACCUGGAAGCUCAAGUGGAACCACGUACAGACCCUAAUCUAAGAAUCGAGUGGUUUAAAAAUGGCAUGUCUCUUACCACUGGAUCGAGACUGAAGAGUACCUUUGACUUUGGUUUGGUUACGCUAUCAAUCAACAACUUGCGAAAUGAUGAUUCUGGCAUUUAUACUUGUAAAGCAACUAAUCUUAUGGGAGAAGCUGUAUCUACAGCUUCAAUUAAGAUUGAAGGAAAACAUUGGCUGCUCGGUGAUACGUUACAUCCUGAAUCUCUGGACAGAAUUGGCGCUCUAGAACAGCCUAAACCACCUAAGCCAGACGCCCCUGAACCUGUUUACGAAACACCAGUAUUUAUCUCGCACUUGAAUAACAUAUUGUGCAAAGAAGGAGAUAAUAUUCACUUUGAAUGUAAUGUUGAGCCAUCUAGAGAUCCUACACUUAAAAUUGAAUGGUUCUUUAAUAAUCAACCACUUCCAUCAGGUACAAGAUAUAAGAGCACACACGACUUUAGUUAUGUAGCGUUAGACAUCGUACAUACUUAUGAAGAAGAUUCCGGAAUUUAUACAUGCAAAGCCACUAACAAUAAAGGUUCUGCAACUACUUCAGGUUCACUGAGGUGCACAGGAGAUAAACACAUCUAUUUCGACACUCAACACCCACAAGGAAAAGCUGGCUUAGAUGCUGUGGAACAAGCCGAGGAAGCUCGAUUGGCCAAAGGAAGAAGGCCUUCGGUCCCUGACGCGGAUUAUCCAAAGCCGGAAUGGGUUGUUCCAAUUGUUUCAGAACAUCAAUUAGUUGAAGGUCAAGCUCUACACUUUGAAGGCCAAGUGGAGCCCAAAAAUGAUCCUAAUCUUAAGAUUGAAUGGUACUUUAAUGGCAAAGUACUUGAACAAGGGUCCAGAUUUAAACUUACAAGUGAUUUUGGCUUUGUGACUUUAGAUUUGAUUGAUGUCUACGAAAGGGACAGCGGUAUUUACACAUGUAAAGCAUAUAACAAAAAGGGCGAGGCAUUCACUUCGUCGACUGUGUAUUGCUCUAGCAAGGAAAAUCUAAUUGAAAGAACUCAACAUCCAAAGGGCAAGGAGGGAUUAGAAAAGAUUCAAGAUCUUGAGGAGUCUCUACGAAGAGAGCCUGGACAGAAACCGGACGACGAUACCGGUAGACCACCAGAGUUUGUAACUGUGUUCCAAGAUAUAAUCGAUAUGAGCGAAGGUCAAAUCGCUCAUUAUGAAGCAUCAUUGAUACCCACUGGUGAUCAGAGCAUGGUCAUUGAAUGGUUCUUCAAUGGAAAAACCAUCGAAGCAAGCCACCGUAUUCGCACAGUAUACGCUUUUGGGAUGGUAGUUCUAGAGAUACUUGGUACAAAAACCACCGAUUCAGGCAUUUACUCUUGUCGUGCUACUAACAAGUGGGGACAAGCAGAGAUAAGCGUCAAGUUAGAAUGCGUAGACAAAAGCAAAGGACAGAAACCGAAGUUCACCACGCAAAUUCAGAGCAUUGAACUGGUUAAAGACGGCCAAGCUGCUCACUUCGAAUGCACCGUGGUUCCAGUGGAUGAUCCUGAUAUGAAAAUUGAGUGGUAUCACAAUGGUCAACCUCUUCGUCAUUCUAACAGAAUCAAGAUGGUUUCAGACUUUGGAUUCGUGGUAAUGGAUAUAGCAUACACUCAAAACCAUGACACAGGUGAAUAUGUCUGCCGUGCUUAUAACAAGUACGGUGAGGACUUUACUAAGGCUACAAUAAAUUGCUACGGCAGAAGUGGAGUCUACUUGGACAGCUUGCAGCCUGAUUCUCUGGCUAAAAUCCGGGAGUUAGAAAGUUUGCAAGGCGCACAACAACAAGCGCCCGCUACUCCUUCUGCGGAGCCGCCGAGAUUCCUCACACAAAUCCAAGAUGUUACUAAAUUAGUUGAAGGACAAAGUGCUCACUUUGAAGCUAGAUUAGUCCCGGUAGAUGACCCAGAUCUCAAGGUGGAGUGGCUCUAUAACGGCAAGAAACUGCCGCACGGACAUAGAUAUAGGACGUUCCAUGAUUUCGGCAUUGUAAUAUUAGACAUCCUUUAUUGUUACGAAGAAAAUUCUGGUGUUUACGAAUGUGUUGCGACCAAUAAAUUAGGCCGGGACUCGACUAAGGCUACUCUGAAGUGUAUGUCUAAGGAAAAUUUGAUCCUGGACUCGCAACUCCCGCGGGGCAUGGAAGGCGGACUAGAAAAAUUACAAACAUUAGAAGAUUCUAUGGUCCGCAGAAAGGACACCACAGUAGACGAAGAAAGAGGCAAGGCUCCUGUCUUUACGGUCCCAUUAUCAAACAUCGACAAUUUAAGGGAAGGUGAAAACUCGCACUUUGAAGCGCGUCUUACACCAACUGAUGAUCCGAAUCUGAAAGUGGAGUGGUACUGGAACGGAAAAUCCCUAAAGGCUGGUUCCAGAUUCAGAACUUUCUGCGACUUUGGGUUCGUUAUUCUCGAAAUAUCUCCCACGUAUCCAGAGGAUUCUGGCGAAUACUUGUGCAGAGCCUACAACAACUAUGGUGAAGCAGUAACUACAGCGUCAAUGAAGGUGCAAGGAAAGAGAAACAUUAUUCUAGAAUCACAGCUGCCGAAGGGCAUGGAAGGUACAAUCGACAAAAUUGCUGCCCUAGAGGGUUAUACAGGCACUGUGGAUUCGAUGACUCCAGAAGCGGAAAGUGGAAAUCCUCCUGAAUUCAUUACUACACCGUCUGACCUUAUCUUGUCGGAGAAUUCAUCAGCUCACUUUGAAUGCCGACUAAUUCCUGUUAAUGAUUCUAGUAUGCGAGUAGAAUGGUUCCAUAAUGGUAAACCACUUUUGACUGGAUCCCGAGUCAAAACCAUAAAUGACUUUGGUUUUGUUAUACUUGAAAUUGGAGGUGUGUAUCAACGCGACGCUGGUCUUUACACUUGCAAAGCCACGAACCGACACGGCGAAGCAACCGUGUCAUGUAAACUACAAGUUAAAGGUAGACAAGGCAUUAUUCUUGAACCUCAAUUACCAUCACAUUUCAAGUCUGGUACUGAAAGUAUUCAAAAAUUGGAGGAAACUUUGCAUAAACGCGAAGAAAUUACUGUCGAAGAUGAGAAACCUAAUCCUCCUCGUUUUACUGUGGAAAUCAAAGAUAACAUUGACGUCCCUGAAGGUGGGCCGAUCCACUUCGACUGCCGUGUUGAGCCGGUUGGUGACCCCUCAAUGAGGAUAGAUUGGUUCUACAACGGCAGACCUUUCGCGACUGGUUCUCGCGUGCACAUGCUUAAUGAUUUCGGAUUUAUUGCUUUAGACAUCGAUUACAUCUACGCACGCGACGCAGGUGAAUAUACCUGUCGUGCUACCAACAAGUGGGGCUCUGCAACUACCACUGCUAAGAUCACUUGUAGUGCCAAACGUGAUAUUAUUUUGGACUCGCAGUUGCCGCAAGGCAUGAGCGGUGAAAAGAUUAAGGAACUUGAAAGAGGACGUAUAAGCGAUGCUCCGAAGGAGGAACCGGUCAUCAGUUCACCACCUAGGUUUAUUACACAGAUCCAAUCACACACUGUUGAAGAAUCUGAGGGCGUACGAUUUGAAUGCCGCGUAGAACCUAAGGAAGAUCCGAAACUGCGUAUCGAGUGGUACCGCAAUGGAAAGUUGUUGCCCUCUGGACACCGGUAUCGAACGGUGUAUGAUAUGGGCUUUGUAUCUCUUGAUAUCUUGUACGUAUACGCAGAAGAUUCCGGCGAAUACGUAUGCAGGGCUGUCAACGAUUUUGGGGAAGAUUUUACCAAGGGAACAAUAUCUUGUAAACAACUGCCUGAUAUUAUUCUCCAAAACCAAGUUCCUCGUGGUAUGAAGAGAUCUGAAGCUCUGACUCAAAUGGAAGCGACCAUCAAGAAGUAUACUUCAGAAAUAUUCUUGACUGAGGAUGACCUUUACGAUGCUGAUAAAAAACAACCACCUCGCUUUGUAACUCAGAUUCAAAGCCAAACAACAUUGGUAGAAAUGGAAUCAACAAAGUUUGAAUGCCAGUUAGCACCUGUAGGAGACCCUAACAUGAAAGUAGAGUGGUUCUUCAAUGGGAAACCUUUAUUACACAAAAAUCGCUUCGCACCCAUCUACGAUUUUGGUUACGUAGCCAUGAAUUUCGGCUGGGUGUACCCUGAAGACAGUGGCGAGUAUGUUUGUCGCGCGACUAAUCUUUAUGGAAUGGAUGAAACUAGAGCUAUCAUCAAGACUGCCGGUAAACCGGGUAUCGUGUAUGAUUCACAACUCCCCAAGCACAUGAAAAGUAUUGAAAAGAUUAGAGAGAUGGAAGCUUCUUGGCAGGUGACACAAGAACAAGUGGUGGAUGAGACCAAGGCACGAUCUGCACCUGUGUUCGUCAGCCGUCCUGAUCCUGUGACGGUAGAAGAAGGCGAGUGGGCUCGCUUCUGCUGCCGUGUCACUGGUCACCCCAAACCGCGAGUCAUGUGGCUUCUUAAUGGAAACACCAUUGUCAAUGGUUCAAGAUAUAAGCUUAUCUACGACGGAAUGUAUCACUUUGACAUACCGAAAACAAGACAGUAUGAUACUGGUAAAAUCGAAGUCAUCGCAAGAAGCUCUGCCGGCGAGGCUUUGGCUACGACCGAACUUAAAGUUAUUCCGAGACACGACGACUAUAGAGGUGUAUUGAAAAAUGCUCCACGACCUUGGUAUGAUGAGACAAAACAACGCACUGAAACUGAAUUAGAAAAAACCUUCGAAGAGAGACAGACGCUGCAACGUCAAGGAGUAAUCGACCACAGACCUGAAUUGAAACCGAAGGUUGUUAAAGAACCUGAGACCGAAUGGCAACAAACCGUCAAAAAGAAGAAGAGUGAAGAAUAUUACAAUAAACUUCAGGAAUUAGAAAAUGAACAAGUUGUGAAAGAAAGCAGACUGAGGGAAUCGACUCACCAAUUUGCUAUUCCUGGUGAUAAGGUCGUUAGCAGCUCGGUUGCUAAAGGAAUGGCGCAAAAAUACCAAGAUAACCUAGAACAAACCGAGGAGGUGGUUACGCAACAACAAGUACAGAGAAAAGUAGUGAAACCUAAAAUACCUGAUCCGUCUGAAUCCACCGUCCAUGGCAAAGAAGUACACGUCGCCAAGCAGAAACAAAUCCAAAAGGAAGUAGUAGGCGACACAGAAAUAACUCGUAAGAUUACUUCUACGGAAACUACCGAAAUGGAACACAAGGCACAGACACACGAGCGAGUUGUGGAGGGACCCGUGAAACCCAGCAUGCCUCCGGUCUUCACCAAGAAAAUGCAACCUUGCCGUGCCUUUGAACAUGAACAAGCUCGUUUCGAAGUGGAGUUCGAUGGCGAUCCGCUGCCUACAAUCAAAUGGUACAGAGAGAACUUCCCAAUCAAAAAUUCACCUGAUUUCCAAAUACAUACAUUUAGUACAAAAUCAAUCCUCAUUAUAAGACAAGUUUUCGUGGAAGAUUCUGCGGUGUUUGCCGCAGUGGCUGAGAACAGAGGAGGCACCGCUAAAUGCAGUGCUAAUCUAGUUGUCGAGGAGCGAAAGCGCCAAGGCAGAGGUGGAGUUAUUCCACCCAGUUUCACUCUAACUGCGCAGAAUGUUAAUGUUACAGCUGGACAAUUGGUGCGCUUUGACACAAAAGUUACCGGAACCAAGCCUAUCGAUGUUUAUUGGUUAAAGAAUGGCAAGAAAGUUCAGCCAGAUAUCAGGAACAAAAUCUUAGAAGAAGACGGAACUUACACUCUUUUGAUUCUUGAAGCAUAUCCACAAGAUUCCGGUAAAUAUGAGUGCGUUGCUAUUAACAGCGCCGGCGAAGCAAGAUGUGAUGCCGAGUGCUCGGUCAACGCUCCAGCUACAAAGGAAAAACCAAAGCCUCAGUCAAAGGCCGCAAAUGCUCCUCCAGAAAUCAUUGAACCUCUUAAAGAUAAAGUAGUUGCUGAAGGACAAGCGAUCGAGUUCAGCUGCAAAAUCGUUGGGAAACCAACACCUACUGUACAAUGGUAUAAAGGUGAUAAGUUGAUUAAACCAUCGAAAUACUUCCAAAUGUCAAGAGCCGCUGAUGAAUACACAUUACGUAUUUCGGAAGCUUUCCCAGAAGAUGAGGGAGACUACAAGUGCGUGGCUUACAAUUCAGGAGGCCGCGUCACUGUCGCAGCCAAGCUCAAAGUAUCGCUGCCAGAUCAAGCUGAUACUCUGCCUACACUCACGCCUCUACGCGAUGUCGUCGUUAUGGAAGGACAACCGGCUCAAUUCAAGACCCAUAUUACCAGCAAACUGAAACCGACUAUUCAAUGGCUUCGUGAAGGUGCUCUUAUUCCUGAAACUCCUGAUUUUCAGAUGAUCCACGAAGGCAACAACGCUGUUCUGCUGAUCGGUAACACGUAUCAGGAGGACACGGGCACGUUUACUUGCCGUGCGACCACCGCCGCCGGCCAGGUCGAGACCUCGGCAAAGCUAGUCGUCAAAAAAUCCCAAAAAACGGUUCGCAAAGCGUUCCAGGACAAAUCGGAAAUCACAAAAGUUAUCGGUGAGAAGGGCGAAGUAAUUACAAAUAGAUCGUUAUACCAGUCGACAGAAGAGUCAAACAUAUUAAAAAUAGACAAUGCUCAAGAUGUCGAUACAAGGAAAAUGUCUAGAACAGUACCAUGGCGUAACCAAAGUCAGUCGGAAUCUAUCCAAAUCACAAAAGAAGAAAACCUUGAAGUACGUCAUUGGAGAAAACAGCGUCCUGAAGAAGUAACAUCAGUUCAACAGACUGUCACAACAGAGGAUGCAAAUAUUUUAAGAGUAAAUCGCAAAGAGAGUAUUGACAAAACUAAAAUUGAAGAAGCUAAAGUUGAAGAAACUUUAGAAACAAAGCACUGGCGCAAACCAAGAACUCAAGAAAAACCCCAAGUUCUUGAUAAAACUUCGGUAAUAGAAGAUUCUACCAUACUUGACGUACAACAAAAAGAAGUUACUGACGAAGUACUUCAAACAAAAUCCUGGAGAAAGCCGCGUGUACAACAAGAAUCAAAGGACGUGGAAAAGACAUUGGUAGUAGACGAUUCUACUAUUAUGGGUGUGCAGAAAGUUACUACUCAGGAAGAAGAACAAGCUGCAUUAGAUGUAAAACACUGGCGAAAGCCAAGAGCGGAAGUAAAACCAAAAUUUUUGGACACAUCGAAACAUACUGAAGAUACAUCGAUACUGGAAGUGGAAAAAACGGAAAUUGAUGAAGUUGUUAUAAAGGAUAAUUUGAAACCUAAGCAUUGGAGAAUAUCCCAUAAGGAAUCCAAAUCAAGUUUUGAAGAAUCCAAUAUUAUAGAUAUACAAGAAACAGACUCGAUUGUAAAAGAUGAGGGUCUUGAAACAAGACUUUGGCGCAAACCACGCGCAGAGGAUAAAACGAGGCCAUCCGAACCCGAUAAGAAAGAAGUUGUUCCUUGGACACAAGAGGCUGUUAAAUUACGUCCUACUAAAGUUGAAAAGGGUCAGAUAGUAAAAGAAAAGUUGGAAGAUGUAACUUUGAAACCGGUAAGAAAGGAGUCUAUCCAAACUAUGGAAACGUUAGUGAUAGAAGAAUCAAUAACUCGUGAGGAAGACACAGUGAUACUUAAAGUAUCAGAGAAUGAAGAUAUUGAAAAAAUUGUAGGAAAAGAAGACAGCCUUGAGCAACGAACAUCUACGUGGAAACGAGCACCUAAGCCAAAACAUGAACAAGAAGAUGUGACAUCAGUACCCACUCGAAAAACAGUUAUCCCUGAAGAAGAAAGAACUGGGGAAGUUCAAAUAAAACCUGUUAAAACACCAAUUGAUGACGUUAAGCCGCAAGAAGCAUCUUGGCGUACAGGAAAAAGACGCCCUCAGGAAGAACAACCAAAGGAAGAGGUUGUUCUUAAACCCAUUCCGAAGCAAAAACCUCUGGAAGAAGAAAAGCCCGAGGCAGUAAAACUAAAACCUGUGAAAAAGGAUAGAUCUAUUGAAGAAGAUAGGCCUGAAGAAGUCAAAUGGCCUACAGGUAAGAGACGUCCGAAGGAAGAACAACCAAUGGAAGAAGUUGUUCUUAAACCCAUUCCGAAACAGAAAGCACCAGAAGAAGAAAAACCUGAAGAGGUGCAACUAAAACCAGUCAAAAAAGAAAAAUCUGUCGAAGAAGAUAAGCCUGAGAAAGUCAAAUGGCCUACAGGCAAGAGACGUCCUAAGGAAGAUGAACCUAAGGAAGAAGUCGUACUUCAACCUAUUCCGAAACAAAAAGCACCAGUAGAAGAAAAACCUGAGGAGGUGCAAAUGAAACCAAUCAAGAAGGAAAAAACUGUCGAAGAAGACAAGCCUGAAGAAGUCAAAUGGCCUACAGGUAAGAGACGUCCUGAGGAACAGCAAUCAAAAGAAGAGGUCAUCCUUAAACCUAUCCCAAAACAAAAACCACUUGAAGAAGAAACACCUGAGGAAGUUCAGCUGACGCCUAUUAAAAAGGAAAAGCCGAUUGAAGAAGGUAAACCGAAAGAAGUUUCUUGGCGAACAGGCAAAAGACGACCUCAAGAAGAACAACCAAAUGAAGAGGUUGUUCUUAAACCCGUUACUAAACAAAAACCUCAGGAAGAAGAAAAACCUGAGGAAGUGCAACUAAAACCAGUUAAAAAAGAUAGAUCUAUUGAAGAAGAUAAGCCUGAAGAAGUCAAAUGGCCUACGGGUAAGAAACUUCCUAAGGAAGAGGAACCUAAGGAAGAAGUCGUCCUUAAACCCAUUCCGAAACAGAAAGCAUCAGAAGAAGAAAAACCUGAAGAGGUGCAGCUAAAACCAGUCAGGAAAGAAAAAUCUGUUGAAGAAGACAAGCCUGAGGAAGUCAAAUGGCCUACAGGCAAGAGACGUCCUAAGGAAGAUGAACCUAAGGAAGAAGUUGUACUUAAACCUAUCCCGAAACAAAAAGCACCAGUAGAAGAAAAGCCUGAGGAGAUGCAACUGAAACCAAUCAAGAAGGAAAAACCUGUCGAAGAAGACACGCCUGAAGAAGUCAAAUGGCCUACAGGUAAGAGACGUCCUAAGGAACAGCAACAAAAAGAAGAGGUCAUCCUUAAACCUAUCCCAAAACAAAAACCACUUGAAGAAGAAACACCUGAGAAAGUUCAGCUGAUGCCUAUUAAAAAGGAAAAGCCGAUUGAAGAAGAUAAACCGAAAGAAGUAUCUUGGCGGACAGGCAAAAGACGCCCUCAAGAAGAACAACCAAAGGAAGAGGUUGUUCUUAAACCCAUUCCGAAGCAAAAACCUCUGGAAGAAGAAAAGCCCGAGGAAGUACAACUAAAACCUGUCAAAAAGGAUAGAUCUAUUGAAGAAGAUAAGCCUGAAGAAGUCAAAUGGCCUACAGGUAAGAGACGUCCUAAGGAAGAACAACCAAAGGAAGAAGUUGUUCUUAAACCCAUUCCGAAACAGAAAGCACCAGAAGAAGAAAAACCUGAAGAGGUGCAACUAAAACCAGUCAAGAAAGAAAAAUCUGUAGAAGAAGACAAGCCUGAAGAAGUCAAAUGGCCUACAGGCAAGAGACGUCCUAAGGAAGAUGAACCUAAGGAAGAAGUCGUACUUAAACCUAUUCCAAAGCAAAAGCCACUUGACGAAGAAACACCUGAGGAAGUUCAGCUGACACCUCUUAAAAAGGAAAAGCCGAGUGAGGAAGAUAAACCGAAAGAAGUAUCAUGGCGGACAGGCAAAAGACGCCCUCGGGAAGAACAACCAAAUGAAGAAGUUGUUCUUAAACCUAUUCCGAGACAAAAACCUCAGGAAGAAGAAAAACUUGAGGAAGUGCAACUAAAACCAGUCAAAAAGGAUAGGUCUAUUGAAGAAGAUAAGCCUGAAGAAGUCAAAUGGCCUACGGGUAAGAGACGACCUAAGGAAGAGGAACCUAAAGAAGAAGUUGUCCUUAAACCCAUCCCGAAACAGAAAGCAGAAGAAAAAUCUGAAGAGGAGCAACUAAAACCAAUCAAGAAGAAGAAACAUAUUGAAGAAGACAAGCCUGAAGAAGUCAAAUGGCCGACAGGUAAGAGACGUCCUAAGGAAGAAGAAACAAAGGAAGAAAUAGUACUAAAACCGAUUCCGAAACAGAAAGAAGGAGAAGAAGAAAAACCUCAAGAGGUGCAACUAAAACCAAUCAAGAAGGAGAAACCUAUUGAGGAAGACAAGCCUGAAGAAGACAAGCUGGAAGAAGUCAAAUGGCCGACAGGUAAGAGACGUACUAAGGAAGAAGAACCUAAGGAAGAUGUUAUCCUUAAACCUAUUCCGAAAAAGAAAGAACCAGAAGAAGAAAAACCUGUAGAAGUGCAACUAAAACCUGUCAAAAAGGAUAAGUCUAUUGAAGAAGACAAGCCUGAAGAAGUCAAAUGGCCUACAGGUAAGAGACGUCCUAAGGAAGAACAACCAAAGGAAGAAGUUGUUCUUAAACCCAUUCCGAAACAGAAAGCACCAGAAGAAGAAAAACCUGAAGAGGUGCAACUAAAACCAGUCAAGAAAGAAAAAUCUGUAGAAGAAGACAAGCCUGAAGAAGUCAAAUGGCCUACAGGCAAGAGACGUCCUAAGGAAGAUGAACCUAAGGAAGAAGUCGUACUUAAACCUAUUCCUAAACAAAUGGCACCGGAAGAAGAAAAGCCUGAGGAGAUUCAGCUGACACCUCUUAAAAAGGCAAAGUCGAUUGAAGAGGAUAAACCGAAAGAAGUAUCUUGGCGGACAGGCAAAAUACGCCCUCAGGAAGAACAACCAAAGGAAGAGGUUGUUCUUAAACCCAUUCCGAAGCAAAAACCACAGGAAGAAGAAAAGCCUGAGGAAGUACAACUGAAACCAGUCAAGAGGGAAAGACCCACAGAAGAAGACGAUAAGCCCAAAGUUCUAAAAUCUAUUUUAAAACAACCUUCAUUUGAAACUGAAGAAGAAAAAUCUGAGAUUGUUCAGGUUCCAGAGCAAUUGAAAGAAAAUAAAGUGGAAAAAAUAAAGAAAAAAGUUAAGAAAGAGAGGUCUAUGGAGGAAGUCAAAAUUGAAGAAGACGAAGCUAAAGAAGUACCAGUGCAAGAUAUCCAGGAAGAAAUCACAACUGUGGUAACAAAACAAAAGAAAGUAAUUAAGAAACAUAAAGAAGAUAAGAAAAAAGAAGUCGCGCCUAUCAUAAUUCAGCCAAUAAAGGCAAUCAAUUUAUUGGAAAACUGUGAUUUCGAACUUACGGUGACUUUUGAGGCCCUGGACGAUAGUGAAGUAACAUGGUAUCGAAAUAAUCAACCUCUCGAACAAGGUGCUGAUUGUACCAUACAUACUGAAAAUGGCAAAUCAUGUGUAAAAAUAUGUUCAGCAGAUAAAAAGAAAGUAGGAAAAUAUGAAGUAACCAUUCAAAGCAAUAACAAGAUCGUUAAAUCAGCAAGUUCUGUAAAACUACUAAAAUCUAAAAGUGAAGAUGAAAUUCAGCCACCGAUAUUCAUACAACCCGUGAAACCUAAAGAGGUUUAUGUAGGCGAAGUUUUACUUUUGGAAGUUGAAGUUCAGUCCAGCCCAUGUGCCUCUUUUCAAUGGUUUUUAGACACCAAAGAAGUAACAUCUUACGCAAAAGAAAAUAAAUUAAACAAUAUGUUCGUGACUAACCGGGACAAUACGUCGUGUCUUUGUAUUGAAAAUAUCGAUCAAAGUUGUACAGGAAUUGUCACAUGUAGAGCAGAAAAUUUUGCUGGAUCAGUCUCCAGUUCUGCGACUCUUUUGGUGAAGGAAAAAGAUGAUUAUGAUAGUGUUGGAUACGAACCUGUGUUUAUAAAACCAUUAAAACCUGUUACUGUAAUGGACGGAGAUCAAAUCAUUCUUAGUUGUGAAGUACUAGGCCAACCUUGGCCCAAGAUAGAAUGGUAUCACAAUGAAAAAACUGUCCAGAAGGCCAAAGAUAUAACAAUUGGACGUCAAGAAUCGGGAUUAUGUGAAUUAAUUGUUAAAGAAGCCUUCCCAGAAGUGGCAGGCAUUUAUCACUGUAAAGCAACUAAUGAAUUUGGGAGUAAUAGCAGCGAAUGUUUCGUUACUGUGGAAGCUUACGAAUACAUAGCGAGUGCAUCAGAAGAGGACAUCUUAAGUGACGAGAGAACGAGUGACAUCGAAGAGUUUGCUCCGCGUAUAGUGAAAGCCCUGCCAACUGUAAUCUCAACUACCGAAGGCGAAUUAACGAGAUUGGAAGCUAAAGCAAUAGGGAUACCUAAGCCUCAAAUAAGAUGGUUUAAACAAGGCGCUGAAAUAAAACAGUCUCAAGAAUAUCAAAUAGAAGAAAUGGACGACGGGACCUCAAUAUUAAUAAUUCCUGAAGUUUAUCAGGACGACACAGGUGAAAUAAAGUUCGAAGCGUACAACGCGUUAGGUGUAACGUCAACGAUUGCUGCACUGUCUGUUGAAAGUAUCAUCGGCACAAAGGAGUAUAGGAAACCGGAAUGGGUGACUCAUAUGGAAGAAUUACAGGCUGCUUUAAAAGCUUCACAGUCAGUACCAACUUUUGUAAAAGAUAUCUUUAGUGAACGCGUCCAUGAAGAAGAAAGUGUUAUUUUUGAAGCUAAAUAUAGUGGAAAUCCAAAGCCAGAAAUAUUGUGGUAUAAGGACGACAAGGUAAUAAGGACAGACGAGAACUUUUUGAUAGAAAAUAUCGACAAUAUUACCACAUGUAAGAUUGAGAAAGCUACACCAGAACUAGAAGGAACUUAUAUGUGCAAGGCGGUAAGUGAUAUUGGAAUGGCUGUAACUAAAGCAAAACUACAAGUUUUCAAAGCUGGAGAAACAAUUAAAAAGGUAAAAAAAGAAAAAGUAACGAAAAGAAAAGAUGAAAAAAUUACAAAAGAGACGGCGAAAGAAGUUAUUGAGGAGCCGAAUAAAGAAGUUACUGUAAUAGAAGAAGUCCAGAGUGUAGGUGUGGUAAAACCGAUUAAAAAGAUUGAUAAAGAAACAGCUAAACUUAUUGUUAGUGAAGCAGAGCAUGUAGAAACAACAGAUGUUGCGUCAUAUAAAAAAGUUGACAGAAAAGAAAAGAAAAUACCAAAAACGGAGAAGGUGGAACCUGUUAUAGCGCCACAUGACUAUUUGGUGUCGUCUCAGAAACAAAAGGAGGAAACUGUGCAACCUAUAGAAAAACUUGAUUUUGAAACUCAACAGAGCAUAAUAAAAAUUGUUGAAGGAGAUUCACGCAUGGUUGCUGAAAUAAACGAGUUGCUUGAAGUAAUUAACGCCAAAGAAUUCGGGCCAGGUCAGUCACCCUUAAGAGAAUUAGCAAAAAUCGGUUACAUGUUAAGAACUGGUGUUUCGAUCGAACAAAUCGAAGGUUUAUACGAUUCACAAUAUUUCCCAGCAUUAAGAGUACCACAAUCACAAUCCGCAUUAGUACAGUUAGUAGAAAGACAAGGUCAUGGUGCGCUCAUCACAGAAGUUCUUACCGAAGAAACUGCUCAAGACGAAGAUUUAAUAGCAGCUAAAGUUGGUUUCCGAGCUUUCUUGAAAAUGGUUGAAAUGAAGCACACUUCCGUUGAAGAAGUUAUUGCCCAUUUCUAUCCAGAAGAUUUUAAGCCUCGUUCCUGGGAACAAAGGGAGGCACAUGAGGUCAUUGUGGAGUCGUCUGCUGAUCGCGUUGCCAAGACGCAUACUAUCAAAAUAUUAAAGGAUACCAGUGAAGUAGAGGAAACACAGGAUAUCAAAGAAAAACAACAAGCCAAACGCAAAAAGACUAUACGACAGAAAUCAGGUUCAGAAGAAGUUGAAGAAGUGAUUGAAGAAACUAGAAAGAAAAUAAAAACAUUACGUCCAAAGGAAAAUAUAGAAUCAUACGAAGAAGACGAAACCGGUAUAUUUGAUAAAGAAGAAUUCCCGUAUAUUAAAACUAUUGCGACCGAUAUACCUGAAAAUAAAGUUGAAGUAAUAGCAGAAAGCCAAGUUACUCAUAUUGUACCCGACAAAAUGACAGACAAUAUUACUGCUAAUCUAAGAGUUGAUACGAAUUAUCCAGUAAUUAGCAAUAUGCAGCAAAUACAAGAAAAAGAAGAGCCAUUAGACGUCAAAGAAAAAAGUGAAGUUAUUAUUAAACCGUCAUUAUCAGAAAUAGAACCACUGCAAGUAACAGAAGUAGAAAUAAGCAAUUCAAUCGGAGAAUAUCAAACAAGUAAAAUCAAAACUGACAGUAAGGCUAAUGAAAGCGUAGUUCCUAAAGAAAGCUUCUUGACGUCUGAAAUUAUUACAAACUUUUCAGUGUCUGACUUACAAACAGAUGAGAAAAAUGUACAAAAAGCUAAACCCUCUAUGAUAUUGAAAGAUGCACUUGGAAUAUCAGAACAAAUUACGUCCUUAAGAGAAGCUCCACUCGAAGAGACUCAAGUAAAGAAAUCCAACGCGUCCGUUUCAUUUUCACCGUUAUCAGAACUAAAUGUUUCAGAAGUCAUUGAAGAAAUGAAAGAACAUGAUACUAUUAAUAUUACGCCUGAAAAACCUGUCACUUCGAAACUUAACUUCAAUUUACUAGAGUCUGUACAAGUCGGAGAAGUUUAUGUUGAAGAUAAAUCUGGGAAAUAUUAUCCAGAAUUAAUCGUACCAACUGAAACAGCACGCAAAGAAGUGCUUGUAUCUAAUCAGCUAGUUACUGAAGUACACGACGUGCAAGAAAAAGAAGGAUCUAUGUCUGCACUAAAAUUGCCUCCGAUGCAAGAAGCAAUCGUAGAUAUUACUUCUAAAGAUAGCUUAGUUAUUUCUAUUGGUGAAUCACACGAAAAGGAAGAAGACUUACCUAUUCCUGAAAUGCCAUCUAAAUUUAUUGUAGACGAAGAUUUGACGCUGCAUACCAGCCUCACAAACACUAUCACGACUGCUCAUAUAAAAGAAUCAGAAUUUAUUUCCGAUACAUUAUCUGGUAAAAAAGCUGUUAUUGGUGUUAAUGAACAUCAGCACACAUUCAAUGUAGAAACAAAUAUACAUGAUUCUGAGAGUAUAUUAGAAAAGAAACAAUCUGUUCAAGGUACACAAGCAGAGGUAUCAAUAUCAUUUUUAGAUAAAAACUUUAUAGAAGAAGUCCUUGUCAAUGAAAGUGAAAGAGAUCUUAUAAUAAAGGAAGACAAACAUGCAGCUUUGGCUGACUUAGACGUAAAAGCCAUAGAGCCUGUUGUAACUUCAGAAGUAGUGCAGAUGUCUUCUAUAUCAGAUUUAAUGACAACGGAUAAUGUAGAAAGCGAAUCAGCGACACAAAGUGUUAUAACAGCGAACGCAAAGAUAGUUUCCUAUCCUCUUAUUCAUGAUCAAGAAGUGAAUCAAGACUAUCCAAGCAGAAAAUCAGAAACAAUAACACAGUCCCUAAUUCCUAACAUGUCGAUAUCAGUUUCAGAAACUGAGUCAUCGGAAUCGGAAAAUAAGCUUUCUUUAAAUAAAUUACCUGAGGGAAUGAAUGCAAAGCCGUCUCCUGCUCAUCCGCUCAAAUCCCCAAUUUCAGAGAUAGUGACCACAGUGGAUCAUGAAGGUGUUAUUUCUUUACCGCAAAAUAUUACCGAAACUGCUAGUGAACAACGAGAUUUGCACAAAGAAAUAACAAUACUCCAAACAACUGUUCAUGAACAAUUAGAUAAAUUAGAUGCAAGAAAAUCGCAAGAGAGUAAAGCUGUGGCAUCUUUUAUUAGUAAAGAAAGCUUAAAUGUUACUGAAGUAAUACCAAACAUUACUGAAACAAAAUUAGAUGCAAUUUUACAAAAGGAAGGUACUUUUGCCAAGAUGGACUUUGACACCGACCAUAAAAUUGCUAUAACAUCUGAAGUUACAACACGAGAUUCUUUAAAUCAGUUUGAUAGUGCAAGGCCAAAUUAUGAAGAAGCUCAACUUUCAUCAAAUGUUAUGACAUCUAUACAAGUAACUGAAAAUAAAAUUUUAGAUACUCAGUCACCAUUAUCGGUCUCUAUACAACCAGACUUAAAAACAAUAAAACCGGAAAUAAUUCCAUCCGAACAAGUAAUAAAUGUAUCAGAAGUAGUACAACAUGAAAAAGAAAGUGAUUAUACAGUAAACACAUUGCCUGAUACUUAUAUAGCACUCACAGAUGUUUCUGGUAGACCAGUGGCUAUAUCAUCGGAACUAAUUAUAGACUCUAGCUUAGGUUGCACAGAAGAAGAAAACUUGGCGAAUAAACUUAAAACAGCUAAUGUAGACAACAUAACCCAUAAAGAAAUUAUCAUAAGCACUACUGAUAGUAACGAGAAGGAAAGUUCGUUGGAUGUAUUUGUUAAGCCAUCUACUGUAGCUGCUAUUAUUAAUAUUGAUUCAAGUCAGGCUAUUAUUGUAGAAGAGAAUAAACCUGAGCUUGCUCCGUCGUUGUUUGGAUUACCGAGUGAAACGCCAUGGGCUAACGCAUCGGAAGGUGCUAUACCAAAAGAGGCUAUUACUCAAGAAGAAACUUUAAUUCAUAUGUCAGAAGCUCCCCUUUUACUGAAGGAAAAGGAUAAAGAAACCAAACCAAGUGUAUCAUUGGCUGCAUUACAGGCACCUGAAUGUAACGAAAAGUUACCUAUUGAAAGCGAAAAUCAACUGGUUCUUCCUAUAAUACCAGACCAACAACAAGCAGACUUUUCAGUGGCAACUAAUUACGGAUUAAUUACGUCAGAAACUACAUCACAAGCUGACAAUGUAGAAAGCACCACUAAUGUUGAAAUGAUUUACAAAAAUGCUGCAUACAAAACAGAUUACUUUUAUGGUAAAGCAGCUCAUAUAGAAGAAGUAAUUACUAGUCAUCAAACAGAAGAUUUCAGUAACGAAAAACUUACAACUCAGAAGUCUAGCUUGACUCCAGCUCCAGCCAACUAUAUGCUUGAACAAACAGAAAUAAUUACCGCUGAAAAAGAAACUUCGUUGCCUGAACAAAAAACCUUAUUAUCGAACAUAAAACCUGAUAUCACUGAGACACAAGCCGUUAUAACAAGUUGUGUGGAAACUGUAGAUAAAGAAAAAGAUUUUGAAGGUAAAAUUCCCUUACCAAUGCAAGAUGCUUCUGUUGCGUUUGUUCCUUUAGUGAGCACCAUCGGUACAGAAGUACUCAGUACUUGCAAUGUAGAAGAUUUAGACAAAAAAUCACUAAAGCCUUCUCAAGCUACUAUAACACAGGAUGAUUUACAAAAACAUCUACAGGGAGUACAAGUUUUAUUAGGUGAAAAAGAAUCCGAUUUAAUAACAAUAAAAUCUGACGCACAACAAGAAGCAUUAUCAACGUUGGUUGAAAUGACAGCAAAGGAGAUAUUAGAAGUACAAACAAUAGAGAAGGAAAAAAUAUUCGACAAAUCUCCUGAUAUUUCUGAUACUACUGCUCAUCCUUCUAUUAGCGAGCAACAGCCAUUGACAAAUACCGAAGUAGUAACGAGCCAAGAAAUUGAAGAUCUGCACAUUCCCAUUACAAUGAAUUCCAAAAAUGCUUUGACUACACACGGAAUGCAAGAAGCUAUACAAAAGUUAGUGCCAUUUGUGGGUGAAAAGGAAGAUAUAUUCAUUGAAGAAGUAACAACGACGCGAACAUCUAAAGGCAAUGUUGAAGAACAAAAAUCAGUAGAUGUUACAGAGAUAAUUUUGACAGAAUCAGAAAUACCUAUGGACAAAGCAUCUUCAGUAAAAACGGAAGCCUUAGAAUCGAAAUUUGAAGAAAGCAAUUACUUGAAUAUUUCUGUAGUUACUCCUUCAGAUAAAGAAAGUGAUAUUCAAUUAAUGCAACGUAAGCCACAAGAAGAAAAACCAGGUAUUGUAGUCGAAUCCUAUCAACAUGUUACCGUUAUUGACACACAAAUCAGAGAAAAAGAGGAAUUAAUUGAAACGAAAGACACUCCACACUUAAACAUAAAACAUGUAGACAUGCAACCUAUUCAACACAUUACUACUACUGAGACUGUUGUUAUGGAAGGCGACACAGAAUUUGAAAAUUUAAAAUCGAAAAAUGAGAAAGCAAAUCAGUCUCAAACAACAACUGAAGCCUUAUACAAUGAACAGCAACAAUUAAUAGAAACUGUCACGUCAAUACCUUCGUUAUACAAACCUGAAAAAACUGAAGCCAUCCCAGAUAUUGUAGGUUUGAAAUCUAUAGAACAAACAGAAAUUUACACAGAAGAAAAGCCUGACAUAUUUUCUAAGUACUUACCAAAAGAUGAACAAGCACAUCAAAUCCAAACUACAGUAAAAGAAACUCUUACUACUCAACCUCAGGUAGUAGAAAGUAUAAUCGACCUUUCGACAGAUUAUAAACCCGAAGGGAAUCAUGCUUUGUGUGAAUUAGAACUUCAUAAAAGUUAUGUGACAUCUGAAAGUUCAGUUCAAGAAGUAACAGAUUCAAUUGGAGCUACUGAUAGUCAAAAUAAAAUUGCUCAAAAACAAGUUAUUGAAAUGAAAUCGUUAGUUCAAACGGAAAUUAUAACUGGGGAGGAUUUGGUAGUUUUUGAUAAAAUUACUCCUAAAAAGGAUGAAAAAGCUGAAGAGACUUGUACGGUAUUGCAAGAAAUAUCUCAGUCUAAACCAGAAAUACUUGAAAUUGCUCGCGAUUUCACAGGAUCAUUUAAACCUGAAACAAACAAAGCGUCAUUUGACGUAGAAACACAUAAGAGUUACAUGGUAUCUGAAGAUAUAACUCAAGAAUUACCUAAAGAGAUUCUGAUUGAUGAGAAUAAUACUAAGCAAGUCACCGAGCAAUUAUUAGAAUUAAAACCAUUAGAACAAACCGAAAUUAUAACUGGAGAAAAUGCCACAUCAAUCAGCGUUUCUAGUCAUGAAGAAAAAUCUAUUCUUGCCCAACCGAUAAAGAUGGAACCAAUUAGUCAAAGUAACAUUUUAAUUCAUGAAAAAGAAGUCGAUACAGCCUUUGAUAAGCCUUAUCACGUAGAAAAUGCAUCAGUUUCCUUUAAUACUACGGAAGGUGUUACUGUGUAUCAGAUGACUCAUGACGACUCGCAAACAGACUUAGUUACCACAAUAAAUCAACAAGUAAUUGCUGAAAAAUCUAUAAAUACUUUUACACCCCUACAGUGUACAGAAAAUACUGCAGAAAUUCAAGUAGAUGAAUUUUUCACACCAACAACACAAAGUAAAACCAUGACUAUGAGUACCACUGAAAUAUCUCCUUUAAUAGUUACAGACACUUUAAGCCUUCAACAUGAAAGUGAAUUAAAUAUCACUGAACCUAAAAAGCAGAAACUGAAAAAAGGCUUUACCCUUUCAAAUGAACUUGAAGUCACAGAAGAAUUCGUAGAUGAACAUAUAGAACCUUACACAGAGGACCGACCACAACAAGUUAAAAGUAAAGUGGCUACAACCGAUGAAAAUUUACACACGAUUACAUUAUCUGAGCAAGAAACACAAAUCGAUAAAUUCGAAGAAGCCGUACAGUCUCCGAAAUCGUCGGACGUAGAAGAAACGGAAGAAAUAAUAACAAAAUUCAUUCAAGCCCCAGGAAAUAAUGAACCGAUACAAGUAAAAACCAAACGAACUAUUUUAAGAAAAAAGAGAAAGUCCAAAAACAUAGAAGAAGGAGAUGUGGUAAUAGAAGAAAGUUUAGACAACGAUAUAGCAAAACAACCGCAAGAAGUAAAGCAUGAUGUUGACAUAGAAGAAUACAUAGGUGAUGAUAUGACAGUUAUCGACGAUUUCGACAAAAGUACAAUCGAACUACCGGAUGAAGUAUUACACAUUCCAAAAAUGCAAACGCAAGUGCAAAUCGAAGAAAUGGAAGACUUGGAAGAGCAAAAUCCAGACCAAGUUGAAAUUACAGAAAUAUAUCCCAAUAUAGAAACACCAGAAGAAAAGAAAAAGCAAAAGAAAAUUAUCAAACGUAUCGUAAAAAAGAAAAUAGAUACUAAAACUGAAGAAACCAAAGCGGUACAAGAACCACUAGAAGAAACAGAAGAAAUUACAAAUGACUACAUUGUGAAUCUGAAAAAGGCUGAUGUAGUUGAAGAAGUGCCAGAAGAUGUAACAGUUACGCAAAUACAGACAGAUACAGGGAAAAUAAAAGAAAUUAAAACAACGAAAAAAAUUAAAAAGAAGAAAAAAGAUACUAACGAAGAAAUCGAAGAAAUAACAACAAUGACACAACUUGAUGAAACUCCUAUUCGGGAAGAGCACCCAGAACAAAGACCAAUGGAAAUAGUAGAAUUACCUGAAGAGUUCACUGUUGAAGAAACGACAACGCCUGAAGGAAAGACUAAACAUAAGAAAAUAACAAAACGAAUCAUCAAAAAGAAAGUUGGGCCUAAAGUAGAAACAACUGUAAUAAAAACAGAACAGGAAGACAAUGAAAAGCCAGUUGUAUCAAUCCAUAAAACAGAAGAAUUGGAGGACGAAACAACAACACUUCUUCAAGAUUUAACUAAACCAGAUCAAGCUGAAAUUGUACAAGAGGAACCGGAGACAGUGUCAGUUACAAAAAUUAAGACUGAAACUGGUGAAAUAAAAUCAGUUAAAACAACAAAACGCGUCGUAAAAAAGAAAAAGGGUCGUAAAAACGAAGUCACUGAAAUAACCACUGUCCAAAAAGACGAUGAAACUCCUGUCACAACUGUAACUGUCACUGAGGAACAAGUCCCAGAAGAAGAGGACACUAAACCUGUGGAAAUCAUAGAACUUCCUGAAGAAACAACUGUUGAAGAAGUUGGUCCAGGAGUAACAAAACAGGUUAAAAAAUCCAAAAAGAUUAUAAGGAAAAAGAAGGGACCUGCUGAAGAGGUUACAGAAAUAACUACAGUCACAAAAGAUGAUGAAGCUCCUAUCACCACGGUUACAGUCAAAGAAGAAAUACAGCCAGAAGACAAACAAACAGAAAUAGUAGAACUGCCUGAAGAGUUCACUGUUGAAGAAACGACAACGCCUGAAGGAAAGACUAAACAUAAGAAAAUAACAAAACGAAUCAUCAAAAAGAAAGUGGGGCCCAAAGUAGAAACAACUGUAAUAAAAACAGAACAGGAAGACAAUGAAAAGCCAGUUGUAUCAAUCCAUAAAACAGAAGAAUUGGAGGACGAAACAACAACACUUCUUCAAGAUUUAGCUAAACCAGAUCAAGCUGAAAUUGUACAAGAGGAACCUCAGACAGUUUCAGUCACAAAAAUUCAAACAGAGACUGGCGAAAUCAAAUCACUGAAAACAACAAAGCGCGUCAUAAGAAAGAAAAAGGGAGCUAAAGAUGAAGUCACUGAAAUAACCACUGUCCAAAAAGACGAUGAAACUCCCGUCACAACUAUUACCGUUACUGAGGAGCAAGUGCCAGAAGAAGAAGACACCAAACCUGUGGAAAUCAUAGAACUUCCUGAAGAAACAACUGUUGAAGAAAUUGGUCCAGGAGUAACAAAACAGGUUAAAAAAUCCAAAAAGAUUAUAAGGAAAAAGAAGGGACCUGCUGAAGAGGUUACAGAAAUAACUACAGUCACAAAAGAUGAUGAAGCUCCUAUCACCACGGUUACAGUCAAAGAAGAAAUACAGCCAGAAGACAAACAAACAGAAAUAGUAGAACUGCCUGAAGAGUUCACUGUUGAAGAAACGACAACGCCUGAAGGAAAGACUAAACAUAAGAAAAUAACAAAACGAAUCAUCAAAAAGAAAGUUGGGCCCAAAGUAGAAACAACUGUAAUAAAAACAGAACAGGAAGACAAUGAAAAGCCAGUUGUAUCAAUCCAUAAAACAGAAGAAUUGGAGGACGAAACAACAACACUUCUUCAAGAUUUAACUAAACCAGAUCAAGCUGAAAUUGUACAAGAGGAACCUCAGACAGUUUCAGUCACAAAAAUUCAAACAGAGACUGGCGAAACAAAAUCACUGAAAACAACAAAGCGCGUCAUAAGAAAGAAAAAGGGAGCUAAAGAUGAGGUCACUGAAAUAACCACUGUCCAAAAAGACGAUGAAACUCCCGUCACAACUAUUACCGUUACUGAGGAGCAAGUGCCAGAGGAAGAAGACACUAAACCUGUGGAAAUCAUAGAACUUCCUGAAGAAACAACCGUUGAAGAAGUUACUCCAGGAGAAACAAAACAGGUUAAAAAAUCCAAAAAGAUUAUAAGGAAAAAGAAGGGACCUGUUGAAGAGGUUACAGAAAUAACUACAGUCACAAAAGAUGAUGAAGCUCCUAUCACCACAGUUACAGUCAAAGAAGAAAAACAGCCAGAAGACAAACAAACAGAAAUAGUAGAACUGCCUGAAGAGUUCACUGUUGAAGAAACGACAACGCCUGAAGGAAAGACUAAACAUAAGAAAAUAACAAAACGAAUCAUCAAAAAGAAAGUUGGGCCUAAAGUAGAAACAACUGUAAUAAAAACAGAACAGGAAGACAAUGAAAAGCCAGUUGUAUCAAUCCAUAAAACAGAAGAAUUGGAGGACGAAACAACAACACUUCUUCAAGAUUUAACUAAACCAGAUCAAGCUGAAAUUGUACAAGAGGAACCGGAGACAGUGUCAGUUACAAAAAUUAAGACUGAAACUGGUGAAAUAAAAUCAGUUAAAACAACAAAACGCGUCGUAAAAAAGAAAAAGGGUCGUAAAAACGAAGUCACUGAAAUAACCACUGUCCAAAAAGACGAUGAAACUCCUGUCACAACUGUAACUGUCACUGAGGAACAAGUCCCAGAAGAAGAGGACACUAAACCUGUGGAAAUCAUAGAACUUCCUGAAGAAACAACUGUUGAAGAAGUUGGUCCAGGAGUAACAAAACAGGUUAAAAAAUCCAAAAAGAUUAUAAGGAAAAAGAAGGGACCUGCUGAAGAGGUUACAGAAAUAAUUACAGUCACAAAAGAUGAUGAAGCUCCUAUCACCACAGUUACAGUCAAAGAAGAAAAACAGCCAGAAGACAAACAAACAGAAAUAGUAGAACUGCCUGAAGAGUUCACUGUUGAAGAAACGACAACGCCUGAAGGAAAGACUAAACAUAAGAAAAUAACAAAACGAAUCAUCAAAAAGAAAGUUGGGCCUAAAGUAGAAACAACUGUAAUAAAAACAGAACAGGAAGACAAUGAAAAGCCAGUUGUAUCAAUCCAUAAAACAGAAGAAUUGGAGGACGAAACAACAACACUUCUUCAAGAUUUAACUAAACCAGAUCAAGCUGAAAUUGUACAAGAGGAACCGGAGACAGUGUCAGUUACAAAAAUUAAGACUGAAACUGGUGAAAUAAAAUCAGUUAAAACAACAAAACGCGUCGUAAAAAAGAAAAAGGGUCGUAAAAACGAAGUCACUGAAAUAACCACUGUCCAAAAAGACGAUGAAACUCCUGUCACAACUGUAACUGUCACUGAGGAACAAGUCCCAGAAGAAGAGGACACUAAACCUGUGGAAAUCAUAGAACUUCCUGAAGAAACAACUGUUGAAGAAGUUGGUCCAGGAGUAACAAAACAGGUUAAAAAAUCCAAAAAGAUUAUAAGGAAAAAGAAGGGACCUGCUGAAGAGGUUACAGAAAUAACUACAGUCACAAAAGAUGAUGAAGCUCCUAUCACCACGGUUACAGUCAAAGAAGAAAUACAGCCAGAAGACAAACAAACAGAAAUAGUAGAACUGCCUGAAGAGUUCACUGUUGAAGAAACGACAACGCCUGAAGGAAAGACUAAACAUAAGAAAAUAACAAAACGAAUCAUCAAAAAGAAAGUUGGGCCCAAAGUAGAAACAACUGUCAUAAAAACAGAACAGGAAGACAAUGAAAAGCCAGUUGUAUCAAUCCAUAAAACAGAAGAAUUGGAGGACGAAACAACAACACUUCUUCAAGAUUUAACUAAACCAGAAAUGGCUGAAAUUAUACAGGAGGAACCGGAGACAGUGUCAGUUACAAAAAUUAAGACUGAAACUGGUGAAAUAAAAUCAGUUAAAACAACAAAACGCGUUGUAAAAAAGAAAAAGGGUCGUAAAAACGAAGUCACUGAAAUAACCACUGUCCAAAAAGACGAUGAAACUCCUGUCACAACUGUAACUGUCACUGAGGAACAAGUCCCAGAAGAAGAGGACACUAAACCUGUGGAAAUCAUAGAACUUCCUGAAGAAACAACUGUUGAAGAAGUUGGUCCAGGAGAAACAAAACAGGUUAAAAAAACCAAAAGAAUCAUAAGGAAAAAGAAGGGUCCUGUUGAAGAAGUUACAGAAAUAACCACAGUUACAAAAGAUGACGAAGUGCCCGUUACAACGGUUACAGUUAAAGAAGAAAAGCAGCCAGAAGAAGACCAAACGGAAAUAGUAGAAUUACCUGAAGAACUGACUAUUGAACAAACGACAACGCCUGAAGGAAAGACUAAACACAAGAAAAUAAUAAAGAGGAUCAUUAAAAAGAAAGUGGGUCCUAAAAUAGAAACAACAGUAAUACAAACUGAACAAGAAGACAACGAAAAACCAACUGUGUCGGUUCAUAAGACAGAAGAAAUUGUAAACGAAACAACAACUCCUCUUCAAGAUUUGACUAAACCAGACAAAGCUGAACUAAUAUACGAAGAACCUGAAACAGUUUCAGUCACAAAGACUCAAACGGAGUCUGGUGAAAUAAAAUCAAUUAAAACUACAAAACGUGUCAUAAGAAAGAAAAGAGGACCUAAAGAUGAAAUUACUGAAAUCACAACUGUGCAAAAAGACGAUGAAGCUCCUGUUACAAUUGUUAAUGUUACUGAAGAAGAAACUGUAGAUGAAGAGGAUACCAAGCCCGACAAAAUCACUAAAAAGCCAAAGAAAGUUAGAAAACCAAAAUCUGAAGAAAUAACAGCAGAAGACAUACCAUCUACAAAACCAUUUGACGUAAUACACACUACAGAAAAAACAUCUAAACAAGAAUACACACAAGAAACAGAAGAACUCACAGAUGACACAAUACUAAAAUACACUGAAAAACCACAAAUAGCUCAAGUCUUAGAAGAAAUUCCCGAAAAAAUUGAAAUAACUCAAAUACAGACAGACACAGGUGAAACUAAAAAAGUUAAAACGUCUAAAAAGGUAUUAAGAAAAAAGAAGGGCCCCGUCGAAGAGAUAACAGAAAUAACAACAGUCACGAAAGACGAUGAAGCUCCUGAAACCACGGUUACAGUCAGAGAAGAAACACAGCCAGAAGAUGACCAAACGGAAAUAGUAGAACUGCCUGAAGAGUUCACUAUUGAGGAAACGAAAACGCCUGAAGGACAGAUCAAACACAAAAAAGUAACCAAACGAAUCAUCAAAAAGAAAGUGGGCCCCAAAGUGGAAACAACUGUUAUUAAAACAGAACAAGAAGACAACAAAGAGCCAGUUGUUUCGAUCCAUAAGACAGAAGAAUUACAAGACGAAACUACAACACUUCUUCAAGAUUUGACCAAACCAGAAAAGGCUGAGAUUAUACAGGAAGAACCUGAAACCGUUUCAGUCACAAAAACUCAGACGGAAACUGGUGAAGUAAAGUCAGUCAAAACAACAAAACGCAUUAUAAGGAAAAAGAAGGGACCUAAAGAUGAAAUCACUGAAAUUACCACCGUGCAGAAAGAUGAUGAAGCGCCGGUAACAACUGUGCAUGUCACUGAAGAACAAGCCCCAGAAGAAGAGGAGACCAAGCCCAUAGAAGUCAUUGAACUUCCAGAAGAAAUUAUUGUCGAGGAAGUUACUCCAGGCGAAACAAAACAGGUGAAGAAAUCCAGAAAAGUAAUCAGAAAGAAGAAGGGUCCCGUCGAAGAAGUAACAGAAAUAACAACUGUCACGAAAGACGAUGAAGCUCCUGUAACCACGGUUACAGUCAGAGAAGAAACACAGCCAGAAGAUGACCAAACGGAAAUAGUAGAACUACCUGAAGAGUUCACUAUUGUGGAAACGAAAACGCCUGAAGGAAAGACCAAACACAAAAAAGUAACCAAACGAAUCAUCAAAAAGAAAGUGGGCCCCAAAGUGGAAACAACUGUUAUUAAAACAGAACAAGAAGACAACAAAGAGCCAGUUGUUUCGAUCCAUAAGACAGAAGAAUUACAAGAUGAAACUACAACACUUCUUCAAGAUUUGACCAAACCAGAAAAGGCUGAGAUCAUACAGGAAGAACCUGAAACCGUUUCAGUCACAAAAACUCAGACGGAAACUGGUGAAGUUAAGUCAGUUAAAACAACAAAACGUAUUAUAAGGAAGAAGAAAGGACCUAAACAUGAAAUCACUGAAAUUACCACCGUGCAGAAAGAUGAUGAAGCGCCGGUAACAACUGUGCAUGUCACUGAAGAACGAGCCCCAGAAGAAGAGGAGACCAAGCCCAUAGAAAUCAUUGAACUUCCAGAAGAAAUUAUUGUCGAGGAAGUUACUCCAGGCGAAACAAAACAGGUGAAGAAAUCCAAAAAAGUAAUCAGAAAGAAGAAGGGUCCUAUCGAAGAAGUAACAGAAAUAACAACUGUCACGAAAGACGAUGAAGCUCCUGAAACCACGGUUUCAGUCAGAGAAGAAACACAGCCAGAAAAUGACCAAACGGAAAUAGUAGAACUGCCUGAAGAGUUCACUGUUGAGGAAACAAAAACGCCUGAAGGAAAGACCAAACACAAGAAAGUAACAAAACGAAUCAUCAAAAAGAAAGUGGGCCCCAAAGUGGAAACAACUGUUAUUAAAACAGAACAAGAAGACAACAAAGAGCCAGUUGUUUCGAUCCAUAAAACAGAAGAAUUACAAGAUGAAACUACAACACUUCUUCAAGAUUUGACCAAACCAGAAAAGGCUGAGAUCAUACAGGAAGAACCUGAAACCGUUUCAGUCACAAAAACUCAGACGGAAACUGGUGAAGUAAAGUCAGUCAAAACAACAAAACGCAUUAUAAGGAAAAAGAAGGGACCUAAAGAUGAAAUCACUGAAAUUACCACCGUGCAGAAAGAUGAUGAAGCGCCGGUAACAACUGUGCAUGUCACUGAAGAACAAGCCCCAGAAGAAGAGGAGACCAAGCCCAUAGAAGUCAUUGAACUUCCAGAAGAAAUUAUUGUCGAGGAAGUUACUCCAGGCGAAACAAAACAGGUGAAGAAAUCCAAAAAAGUAAUCAGAAAGAAGAAGGGUCCCGUCGAAGAAGUAACAGAAAUAACAACUGUUACGAAAGGCGAUGAAGCUCCUGUAACCACGGUUACAGUCAGAGAAGAAACACAGCCAGAAGAUGAUCAAACGGAAAUAGUAGAACUGCCUGAAGAGUUCACUAUUGAGGAAACAAAAACGCCUGAAGGAAAGACCAAACACAAGAAAGUAACAAAACGAAUCAUCAAAAAGAAAGUGGGCCCCAAAGUGGAAACAACUGUUAUUAAAACAGAACAAGAAGACAAUAAAGAGCCAGUUGUUUCAAUCCAUAAGACAGAAGAAUUACAAGAUGAAACUACAACACUUCUUCAAGAUUUGACCAAACCAGAAAAGGCUGAGAUCAUACAGGAAGAACCUGAAACCGUUUCAGUCACAAAAACUCAGACGGAAACUGGUGAAGUUAAGUCAGUUAAAACAACAAAACGCAUCAUAAGGAAAAAGAAGGGACCCAAAGAUGAAAUCACUGAAAUAACUACAAUCCAGAAAGAUGACGAAGCUCCUGUAACAACAGUCAACGUUAUUGAGGAAGACGUUCCUGAAGAAGAGGAUACUAAACCCAUGGAAAUCAUUGAAGUACCAAAAGAAACAGCUGCUAAAGAAGUCUGUUUAGAGGAAAUAAAACAAGUUAAAAAACCGAAAAAAAUUAAAAAGAAAAAGCUACUUGUUGAAGAAAUCACAGAGACGGAUUCCAUUAAACCACAAGAAACAAUUGAAGAAAUAACUACUGAGGCUGUUCAAUCUCCUAAAGUUACAGACACUUUAACAUUUGCACCCACUGAAGAAUUCGUAGAUGAACAGAUCGCACCUUACACUGAGGAUCGACCACAACAAGUCCAGAGUAAAGUCACUACAACCAGCGACAAAUUACACACCAUUACACUAUCUGAGCAACAACCACAAAUUAAUGAGUUACAUGAAGAAACUAAGAAAACCACACAAUCACCAGACUUAGAAGAAACAAGACCUACUCAAAAAUACGUACCAGAAAUAGCAGAGUUGCCUCAAGAAACCACUACUGAAGAAAUAACAACUCCAGAGGGAAUAACAAAACAUAAGAAAAUAACAAAACGAAUCAUUAAAAAGAAAAUCGGACCUAAACUGGAAACAACAGUAAUACAAACUGAACAAAAAGAUAACGAAAAACCAGUUAUAUCAAUCCACAAGAUAGAAGAGAUAGUAGACGAAACAACAACGCUUCUACAAGAUUUAGUGCAACCACAAAAAGCUGAAAUCAUACAAGAGGAGCCAGAAAUCAUUUCAGUCACAAAAACUCAGACGGAAACUGGUGAAGUGAAGUCAGUUAAAACAACUAAACGCAUUAUAAGGAAAAAGAAGGGACCUAAAGAUGAAAUCGCUGAAAUUACCACCGUGCAGAAAAAUGACGAAGCACCGGUAACAACUGUGCAUGUCACUGAAGAACAAGCUCCAGAAGAAGAGACCAAACCCAUAGAAAUCAUUGAAUUUCCAGAGGAAACUAUUGUCGAGGAAGUUACUCCAGGCGAAACAAAACAGGUGAAGAAAUCCAAAAAAGUAAUCAGAAAGAAGAAGGGUCCUAUCGAAGAAGUAACAGAAAUAACAACUGUCACGAAAGACGAUGAAGCUCCUGUAACCACGGUUACAGUCAGAGAAGAAACACAGCCAGAAGAUGACCAAACGGAAAUAGUAGAACUGCCUGAAGAGUUCACUAUUGAGGAAACGAAAACGCCUGAAGGAAAGACCAAACACAAAAAAGUAACCAAACGAACCAUCAAAAAGAAAGUGGGCCCCAAAGUGGAAACAACUGUUAUAAAAACAGAACAAGAAGACAACAAAGAGCCAGUUGUUUCGAUCCAUAAGACAGAAGAAUUACAAGAUGAAACUACAACACUUCUUCAAGAUUUGACCAAACCAGAAAAGGCUGAGAUCAUACAGGAAGAACCUGAAACCGUUUCAGUCACAAAAACUCAGACGGAAACUGGUGAAGUUAAGUCAGUUAAAACAACAAAACGUAUUAUAAGGAAGAAGAAAGGACCUAAACAUGAAAUCACUGAAAUUACCACCGUGCAGAAAGAUGAUGAAGCGCCGGUAACAACUGUGCAUGUCACUGAAAAACAAGCCCCAGAAGAAGAGGAGACCAAGCCCAUAGAAAUCAUUGAACUUCCAGAAGAAAUUAUUGUCGAGGAAGUUACUCCAGGCGAAACAAAACAGGUGAAGAAAUCCAAAAAAGUUAUCAGAAAGAAGAAGGGUCCUAUCGAAGAAGUAACAGAAAUAACAACUGUCACGAAAGACGAUGAAGCUCCUGUAACCACGGUUACAGUCAGAGAAGAAACACAGCCAGAAGAUGACCAAACGGAAAUAGUAGAACUGCCUGAAGAGUUCACUGUUGAGGAAACGAAAACGCCUGAAGGAAAGACCAAACACAAGAAAGUAACAAAACGAAUCAUCAAAAAGAAAGUGGGCCCCAAAGUGGAAACAACUGUUAUUAAAACAGAACAAGAAGACAACAAAGAGCCAGUUGUUUCGAUCCAUAAGACAGAAGAAUUACAAGAUGAAACUACAACACUUCUUCAAGAUUUGACCAAACCAGAAAAGGCUGAGAUCAUACAGCAAGAACCUGAAACCGUUUCAGUCACAAAAACUCAGACGGAAACUGGUGAAGUAAAGUCAGUCAAAACAACAAAACGCAUUAUAAGGAAAAAGAAGGGACCUAAAGAUGAAAUCACUGAAAUUACCACCGUGCAGAAAGAUGAUGAAGCGCCGGUAACAACUGUGCAUGUCACUGAAGAACAAGCCCCAGAAGAAGACGAGACCAAGCCCAUAGAAAUCAUAGAACUUCCAGAGGAAACUAUUGUCGAAGAAGUUACUCCAGGCGAAACAAAACCAAAACAGGUGAAGAAAUACAAAAAAGUAAUCAGAAAGAAGAAGGGUCCUGUCGAAGAAGUAACAGAAAUAACAACUGUCACGAAAGACGAUGAAGCUCCUGUAACCACGGUUACAGUCAGAGAAGAAACACAGCCAGAAGAUGACCAAACGGAAAUAGUAGAACUGCCUGAAGAGUUCACUAUUGAGGAAACGAAAACGCCUGAAGGAAAAACCAAACACAAGAAAGUAACAAAACGAAUCAUCAAGAAGAAAGUAGGCCCAAAAGUGGAAACAACUAUCAUUAAAACAGAACAAGAAGACAACAAAGAGCCAGUUGUUUCGAUCCAUAAGACAGAAGAAUUACAAGAUGAAACUACAACACAUCUUCAAGAUUUGACCAAACCAGAAAAGGCUGAGAUCAUACAGGAAGAACCUGAAACCAUUUCAGUCACAAAAACUCAAACGGAAACUGGUGAAGUAAAGUCAGUCAAAACAACAAAACGCAUUAUAAGGAAAAAGAAGGGACCUAAAGAUGAAAUCACUGAAAUUACCACCGUGCAGAAAGAUGAUGAAGCGCCGGUAACAACUGUGCAUGUCACUGAAGAACUAGCCCCAGAAGAAGAGGAGACCAAGCCCAUAGAAAUCAUAGAACUUCCAGAGGAAACUAUUGUCGAAGAAGUUACUCCAGGCGAAACAAAACCAAAACAGGUGAAGAAAUCCAAAAAAGUAAUCAGAAAGAAGAAGGGUCCUAUCGAAGAAGUAACAGAAAUAACAUCUGCCACGAAAGUCGAUGAAGCUCCUGUAACCACGGUUACAGUCAGAGAAGAAACACAGCCAGAAGAUGUCCAAACGAAAAUAGUGGAACUGCCUGAAGAGUUCACUGUUGAGGAAACAAAAACGCCUGAAGGAAAGACCAAACACAAGAAAGUAACAAAACGAAUAAUCAAAAAGAAAGUUGGCCCCAAAGUGGAAACAACUGUUAUUAAAACAGAACAAGAAGACAACAAAGAGCCAGUUGUUUCGAUCCAUAAGACAGAAGAAUUACAAGAUGAAACUACAACACUUCUUCAAGAUUUGACCAAACCAGAAAAGGCUGAGAUCAUACAGGAAGAACCUGAAACCGUUUCAGUCACAAAAACUCAAACGGAAACUGGUGAAGUAAAGUCAGUCAAAACAACAAAACGCAUUAUAAGGAAAAAGAAGGGACCUAAAGAUGAAAUCACUGAAAUUACCACCGUGCAGAAAGAUGAUGAAGCGCCGGUAACAACUGUGCAUGUCACUGAAGAACAAGCCCCAGAAGAAGACGAGACCAAGCCCAUAGAAAUCAUAGAACUUCCAGAGGAAACUAUUGUCGAAGAAGUUACUCCAGGCGAAACAAAACCAAAACAGGUGAAGAAAUCCAAAAAAGUGAUCAGAAAGAAGAAGGGUCCUGUCGAAGAAGUAACAGAAAUAACAACUGUCACGAAAGACGAUGAAGCUCCUGUAACCACGGUUUCAGUCAGAGAAGAAACACAGCCAGAAAAUGACCAAACGGAAAUAGUAGAACUGCCUGAAGAGUUCACUAUUGAGGAAACGAAAACGCCUGAAGGAAAGACCAAACACAAGAAAGUAACAAAACGACUUGGCAAAAACAAAGUGGAAUCCAAAGUAGAAACCGAUGUUAUACAUGAACUACCUCAAACAUUUAAUACAUUUACACCUCUUGAAUGCGUAGAGAAUAUAUUUAACAGUCAAGCAGAUGAAUUUUUCACAUCAAAGACACAUAGUAAAACUCCUACUAUUAACACCACUACACAAUAUCCUUUGAUAAUUACAGACACUUUAACACUUACACAUGCAGAUGAAUUCGUAGGUGAACAGAUAACACCUUUUACUGGGGAUCAACUACACCAAGACAUAGAAAACACACACACCAUCACACUACCUGACCAGCAAACACAAACAAAUAAGCUUGUAGAAGAAGCGGAACAGCCACUGAACACACCUGAACACGAAACAGAAGAACUCAUAGACAACACAGUUACACAACACAAAAAGCUUAAAAAAGUUAGAGUUAAACAAAAGAAAAUUCCUGUUGAAGAAACAACAGAAACAGCAAUCGUUUUAGAGGAUAAUGAAGCUCCAGAAACAUUUGUCACCGUCACAAAAACAGAAGAAGAAGAUGACAAACUCUUGGAAAUCAUUGAACUUCCAGAAGAAAUAAUUGUUGAAGAAGUAGGCCCAGACGAAACUAAAAAGGUCAAAACAACUAAAAAGGUUGUACGAAAAAAGAAAGGUCCUAUACAAGAAAUUACAGAAAUAACAACAGUCACUAAAGAUGAUGAAGCUCCUGUCACUACAGUUACAGUCAAGGAAGAAAAACUGCCCGAAAAAUCACCAGAGCCGACAGAACAACAAUCAGAAAUAGUAGAGCUGCCUGAAGAAUCUACUAUUGAAGAAAUUACGUCACCAGAUGGUAAGGUUAUACACAAAAAAGCAACAAAGAGAACCAUUAGAAAGAAAAUAGGGCCUAAAGUAGAAACCACGGUGAUAAAGACUGAACAAGAAGACGAUAAAAAACCUAUUGUAUCAGUCCAUAAGACAGAAGAAAUAAUUGAUGAAACAACAACGCCCAUUCAAGAUUUAACUAAACCAGAUAGGGCUGAAAUUAUACACGAGGAACCGGAAAUUGUUUCAAUCACAAAAACUAAGACGCUGACUGGUGAAAUAAAAGCUGUCAAAACAACAAAGCGCGUCAUAAAAAAGAAGAAGGGGCCCAAAGAGGAAAUCACGGAAAUAACUACCGUACAGAAAGAUGAUGAAGCCCCAGUUACAACUGUUAGUGUCACUGAGGAGCAAGUCCCAGAGCAAGAAGACACUAAACCCAUAGAAGUCGUAGAACUUCCCGAAGAAACUACUGUUGAGGAGGUCAGCCCAGGAGAAAUUAAAAAGAUUACAACAUCAAAGAAAAUUAUAAGAAAAAAGAAAGGACCUAAUCAGGAAGUCACGGAAAUAACCACCGUACAAAAAGAUGACGAAACUCCUGUAACAACCGUUAAUGUCACUGAGAAACGAAUUCCAGAAGAAGAAGUAACUCAACCCAUUGAAGUCAUUGAACUACCAGAAGAAAUUAUUGUUGAAGAAGUAAGCCCAGAUGAAACUAAAAAGGUCAAAACCACUAAAAAGGUCAUACGAAAAAAGAAAGGUCCUGUACAAGAGAUUACAGAAAUAACUACAGUCACUAAAGAUGAUGAAGCUCCUGUCACUACGGUUACAGUCAAAGAAGAAAAACUGCCCGAAGAAUCACCAGAGCCGACAGAACAACAAUUGGAAAUAGUAGAGCUGCCUGAAGAAUCUACUAUUGAAGAAUUAACGUCGCCAGACGGCAAGGUAAUACAAAAGAAAACAACAAAGAGAACCAUUAAAAAGAAAGUAGGGCCUAAAGUAGAAACCACCGUGAUACAGACUGAACAAGAAGAUAAUAAAAAACCUAUUGUAUCAGUCCAUAAGACGGAAGAAAUAAUUGAUGAAACAUCAACGCCCAUUCAAGAUUUGAUUAAACCGGAUAAGGCUGAAAUUAUACAGGAGGAACCAGAAACAGUUUCCAUCACUAAAACUAAGACGCAGACUGGUGAAAUAAAAGCUGUCAAAACAACAAAGCGCGUCAUAAGAAAGAAAAAAGGACCUAAAGAGGAAAUCACGGAAAUAACCACCGUGCAGAAAGAUGAUGAUGCCCCAGUUACAACUGUUAGUGUCACUGAGGAGCAAGUCCCAGAGCAAGAAGACACUAAACCCAUAGAAGUCGUAGAACUUCCCGAAGAAACUACCCUUGAGGAGGUCAGCCCAGGAGAAAUUAAAAAGAUUAAAACAUCAAAGAAAAUUAUAAGAAAAAAGAAAGGACCCAAAGAGGAAAUAACCGAAGUAACAACCAUACAGAAAGAUGAUGAAACUCCUGUAACAACUAUUAGUGUCACUGAGGAACAAGUCCCAGAGGAAGAAGAUACUAAACCCAUAGCAGGCGUUGAACUUCCCGAAGAAACUACUAUUGAAGAGGUCAGCCCAGGAAAUAUUAAAAAGGUCAAAAUAUCAAAGAAAAUUAUCAGAAAAAAGAAGGGACCUAAAGAAGAAGUCACGGAAAUAACUACCGUACAGAAAAAUGAUGAAACUCCUGUAACAACAGUUGAUGUCACAGAGGAACAAAUACCAGAGGAAGAAGUUACUCAACCCAUGGAAGUUGUUGAACUUCCAGAAGAAGUAAUUGUUGAAGAAGUUAGCCCAGAUGAAACUAAAAAGGUCAAAACCACUAAGAAGGUCAUACGAAAAAAGAAAGGUCCUGUACAAGAGAUUACAGAAAUAACUACAGUCACUAAAGAUGAUGAAGCUCCUGUCACUACGGUUACAGUCAAAGAAGAAAAACUGCCCGAAGAAUCACCAGAGCCGACAGAACAACAAUUGGAAAUAGUAGAGCUGCCUGAAGAAUCUACUAUUGAAGAAUUAACGUCGCCAGACGGCAAGGUAAUACAAAAGAAAACUACAAAGAGAACCAUUAAAAAGAAAGUAGGGCCUAAAGUAGAAACCACCGUGAUACAGACUGAACAAGAAGAUAAUAAAAAACCUAUUGUAUCAGUCCAUAAGACAGAAGAAAUAAUUGAUGAAACAUCAACGCCCAUUCAAGAUUUGAUUAAACCGGAUAAGGCUAAAAUUAUACAGGAGGAACCAGAAACAGUUUCCAUCACUAAAACAAAGACGCAGACUGGUGAAAUAAAUAAUGUCAAAACAACAAAGCGCGUCAUAAGAAAGAAAAAAGGACCUAAAGAGGAAAUCACGGAAAUAACCACCGUGCAGAAAGAUGAUGAUGCCCCAGUUACAACUGUUAGUGUCACUGAGGAGCAAGUCCCAGAGCAAGAAGACACUAAACCCAUAGAAGUCGUAGAACUUCCCGAAGAAACUACCCUUGAGGAGGUCAGCCCAGGAGAAAUUAAAAAGAUUAAAACAUCAAAGAAAAUUAUAAGAAAAAAGAAAGGACCCAAAGAGGAAAUAACCGAAGUAACAACCAUACAGAAAGAUGAUGAAACUCCUGUAACAACUAUUAGUGUCACUGAGGAACAAGUCCCAGAGGAAGAAGAUACUAAACCCAUAGAAGUCGUAGAACUUCCCGAAGAAACUACCCUUGAGGAGGUCAGCCCAGGAGAAAUUAAAACUAUUAAAACAUCUAAAAAAGUGAUUAGAAAAACGAAAGGUCCCGUCCAAGAAGUCACAGAAAUAACAACAGUCACAAAAGAUGAUGAAGCGCCUGUCACUACUGUCACAAUCAAAGAAGAAAAGCUGUCAGAAGAAACUCCAAAGAUAGAAGACAAUAAAUUAGAGAUACAAGAGUUGCCAGAGGAAUCUAUAAUUGAAGAAAUAAAAACGCCAGUAGCAGACAUAAAACAAAAGAAAAUAACGAAAAAGGUCAUUAAAAAGAAAGUAGCCCCCACUGUAGAAACAACAGUUAUAAAAACUGAACAAGAAGGUGACCGUGAACCGAUUGUAUCGAUGCAUAAAACGGAAGAAAUAAUAGAUGAAAAAACUACGCCUUUUCAAGGUCAGAGUAAACCAGAAACGGCUGAUGUUAUACAAGAAGAACCUAAACUAGUUACCACAUUUACACCUCUACAAUGCACAGAAAAUAUCACUGAAGGUCACACAGAUGAAUUAAGUACACCAAAAACACAAAGUAAAACUACUAUUAUGAGCACCACUGAACUAUCGCCUUUGAUAGUUACAGACACUUUAACACUCACACAUGCAGAUGAAUUCAUAGGUGAACCAAUGACACCAAACACGGAUCGAGCAUACCAAGACAUUGAAAAUGUACUCACCAUUACACUACCUGAGCAAGGAACACAAAUUAAUAAAUACGUAACAGAAGAAGAGGACACUAAAUCUGUUGAAAUCACUGAACUCCCAGAAGAAGCAACUAUUGAACAAAUCGGCCCAGGUGAAAUUGAAAAGAUUAAAACAUUUAAGAAAGUCAUAAAGAAAAAGAAGGGACCUAAAGAGGAAGUCACAGUAACAACCACUGUUCAGAAAGAUGAUGAAACUCCUGAAACAACAGUUACAGUGACUGAAGAACGAAUUCCGGAAGAAGAAGAUACAAAACCUUUGGAAAUCACUGAACUCCCAGAAGAAACAACUAUUAAAGAAGUUGGCCCAGCUGAAAUCGAAAAAGUUAAAACAUCUAAGAAAGUCAUAAAGAAACAUAAGGGACCUAAAGAGGAAGUCACAGUAACAACUACUGUACAAAAAGAUGAUGAAGGACCUGAAACAACAGUUAUCGUCAGUGAAGAAGAAAUACCAGAGGACGAAGGCACAAAACCUUUUGAAGUUAUUGAACUCCCAGAAGAAGUAAUUGUUGAAGAAGUAAGCCCAGGACAAACGAAAAAAGUGAAAACAUCUAAAAAAGUUAUACGAAAAAAGAAGGGUCCAGUUGAAGAGGUCAUGGAAAUAACAACGGUCACAAAAGAUGACGAAGCUCCUAUUACCACGGUCACAGUGACAGAAGAAAAUGUGCCAGAAGAAAUACCAAAAUUGGAAGAAAACCAAGUGGAAAUAGUAGAACUGCCUGAAGAAUCUAUUAUUGAGCAAAUUACCUCGCCGGGAGGGGAAACUAAACAAAAGAAAAUAACAAAGAGAAUCAUUAAAAAGAAAGUAGGUCCUAAAGUAGAAACAACAGUAAUACAAACAGAACAAGAAGAUAACGAAAAACCAGUUGUAUCUGUUCACAAGACAGAAGAAAUAACAGAUGACACAACAACGCCUCUUCAAGACUUUACUAAACCAGAAAUGGCUGAAAUAAUACAGGAGGAACCUGAGACAGUUUCAGUCACGAAACUUCAGACCGAUUCCGGUGAAAUAAAAGAAAUUAAAACUACAAAACGCGUCAUUCGAAAGAAAAAGGGACCCAAAGAUGAAAUCACUGAAAUAACGAUCGUACAAAAAGACGAUGAAGCUCCUGUUACAAGUGUCAAUGUUACUGAGGAACAAGUUCCAGAAGAAGAUACUAAACCGAUGGAAAUUAUUGAACUUCCAGAAGAAACAACUAUUGAAGAAGUCAGCCCAGGAGAAAUUAAAAAGAUUAAAACAUCCAAGAAAGUUAUAAGAAAAAAGAAAGGUCCUGUUCAGGAAGUUACAGAAAUAACAACAGUAAAAAAAGAUGACGAAGCUCCUGUCACCACGGUAACUGUCAAAGAAGAAAAACUGUCAGAUGAAAAAGAAGAAAUAAUAAAAGACAUGGGCAGUUUAGACGAUCAAGAAAUAGUUCCAGAAAAGAAACAGGAAGAAAGAAAGCCCAAGAAAGUAAAGAAAAAGGAUGCUGUUCCUGAAGUUCUAGUACCAGAUGAUCAACAAGAACCUACAGAGCCUGAAACCGAAGACAAAAAACCUACAAAAGUAAAGAAAUCAAACGAAAAAGUUCCUGAAGAGCAUGAGAAACCUAAAACACAAGAAAUCAAAGAAACUAAAAAACCUAAGCUUACUCCAAUCAAAAUUGAAAGAGUAACUGUUGAAAGUCAUGAAGCCCAACACCCUGAAGCGGUUGAAGGACCACAGUUCACUAAAUUGAAAUUGAAAAAGCCUGUACAAAAACCUAAACAGGAACAAUCAACGGUCACAUUACCUAAAUUUCAACUUAAAAGUAGAAUUAGAUACAUCACUGACUGGCCUCCUCAGGUAAUUGAGCCAGUCAUUUCAUUUUUAGGAAGUGUUCGUCAAAAUGGAGAACUAUCACGAAAUAUCAAAGAAGCUGCUAAAAUUAAAAAGAAACCUCUUAAAGUUCCAGUGCUGCCAGAUUUAGAAAAAGUAGAACUUGAAAAACCAGAAGAAUUUGAGUUCUUCGUAGACAAACAAGACAAAUCCCCUGUUCCAAUGGAAGAUAUACCUAAAACUACAAAAACUGAAGAAGUGUCAGAACCGGAAAAAGACAAACCUACGCCGAAGAUAGUGGACAUAGACGACGAUACUCCUAAAAAACCUAAAAAGUCCCUGAAGAUACCAGAACAAAUUCCAGUCGAAUCAGAUGUUGCCAAACCUAUUUCAAAGAAAGAAGAACAACCAGAAGAAUUACAAUUUAAGCAGGUUGAAGCUGUGUUAGAACCAGAAGAACCACAGUUGAACCAACCUGAUGUUGUAAUUGAACCAGAAGAACCACAGUUAAAGCAGGUCGAAGAAUCAGUUAAAGAAAUAAUUCAAGAGAAGCCUAAAGAUGAUACUGUGGAUAAAAUUAACGAAGAAGUUAAAAAACUGAAAAAGCCUAAGAAAAAGGCUAAAUCUCUAACUGAAACACUGGAAACUGCACAAGAAGCACCUAUUGACACAAUAGAACAACCUAAGGAAGUAGAAGAAAGAGACAUUGAUGAAAAUGAACCAGUGCAAAGUAAUACCAUUGAAGAACUUACCGAUGAAAACAUACUAGAAGAAACUAUUUUACCGGAUAAAGAAAAAGUUCAACCCGUUGAUGAAAAGCCUAAAAAAGUUAAAAAAGUAAAAAAGAAGGAAGUCAUACAAAAACAAGAAGUAGCUGAACCCGAAGAAGCAGCAGAGGUUGUAAUUCCAAGACCCGAAGAAAACGAACCAGAGAAAAUAUCUAAGGAAAAUGAACCUGAAGACGUAACUGAAUUGGUUGAAGAUAAACCCAAAAAGAUGAAAACUAAACCAAAGCCAGUUGAAGAAACGAAAAAACCAGACGAAAAGCCAGAAAAAGCACCUGAACCUGAACAAACAAAAAAACCAAAACCUAAAUUAGUUCCCAUUAAAAUAGAAAGGAAAGUUUUGGAUAUCAGCAAAGCUCAACACGCUGAAAGUGUUGAAGGCCCUCAAUUCACAAAACUAAAAUUAAAGAAAACCAUAAGCAAACCAAAGCAAGAUGCUGCUUCAGUUAUACUUCCCAAGUUCCAAUUAAAGAGUCGUAUCAGGUAUAUCAAUGACUGGCCACCACAAAUCAUAAAACCUAAUGUCAGCUUUUUAGGUAGUGUUCGUCAGAAUGGAAUUUUAUCACGUAAUGUUAAAGAAGCCGCGAAAAUUAAAAAGAAAGUAUACAAACAACCAGAGUUACCUGAAAUAGAGAAAACUGAAUUAGAAAAGCCAAUGUUUGGGUACGAAGAUAUUUUGGAAUCCCAAAAACCGACUCAAGUUGUGGAAGAAUUAGAAGAUAAAGGGGAUGAUGAUGAUGAACCUGAACAGUUUACUAUAAAACCUAGGCGACCAAGUAUUAAGAAAACCGAUGAAAUAGUCGAUGAAGUUACAAUUAAGAAGACAUUGAAGCCAGUAAGAAAACCAUCAGUUACACUGCCUGAAAUUACGGAGCCAGAAACAGUUACGUUUAGACCAAAAAGUACUACAACCAAAGAAGACGUAGAACAAGAGUUUAAUAUUCACUUGGAUUCGUACGCAGAGGAAGAAAUCUCGUUAACAAGCAAAGUUAAAUUAAAACCUCACAGACAGCCAACGUUUAAUGAAGAGGCAGGUGAAGCAUCUAUUAAAUUUUAUGAAGAAGAAGAAGGGCCCGAUAUAGUUGAAAUCAUUGAAAGUGAUGUGGAACAAGAAACAGAUACUGAAAAUAUUAUGAUGCCAUUAAAGAAACCAAAAAAGAAAAAGGCAAGUGAACAUAUUACGUCAAGCAUAACUAUUUCUAAACCAAGAUCCGCAGAAGAAUCUUCAGAAGUUGUACAGGAUGUCAGUUUCAAACUAGAUAAAAAACCUAAAUACGUAAUAGAUGACCAAGAGGAAGUAACGUUUGAAGUCAAGCCCCAAACCGAACAAUUCACAACUGAAGAAUUGUCUUUGUCAAGUAAAAUUAAAUUAAAACCUAAGAAGAGAGUGGUUGAAGAAGCUGGCGAUGAAACAUCAAUUAAGCUGACACAAGAAAUUGAAGACGAUAGUCAAGCAGAAGAGAUAAUAUUAAGUGAAGCGGAAUCUGAAGAGAAUGUUCAGAUGGUAAUCAAGCGUAAACCUAAAAAACCAGCUUAUGAAGUCAGUGAAGUCGAGGAACUGAGUGUUGAAUUUAAGCCAAAAAAAAUUAAUGAAGAUGCAUAUGAAGAGGAACAACUAACAAUCUUGGCUAAACGCAAACCAAGGAAACCAUCACAACUGCAAGAAGCUGAUGUCUCUAUGAGCAUUUCCAGAGAACAAGAAUUUCCAGAAACUCCGUUAGAUGUGCGCAGCGGGGACACAGUAUUUGCUGUCUACUCAUACGUGGCUGAAACUGAUGAAGCAAUUAAUCUGGUAGAAGGUGAACGCCUCUACAUCUUAGAAACUACAAAUCAAGACUGGUGGUUUGUUCGCAAACAUCUUACUGAAGAAAAAGGAUGGGUGCCUGCGCAGUAUUUAAUGGAUGAAGGAAAUUACACCCUGUAUUUACAGAAAAAACUAAAUGAAAAGAUAGAUAAACUUCCAGUAUUUGAAAAACCAACAUCUGAAGAACAAGCAAUUGCACCUAUAUUUGUGGAAAAAUUACGUCCUAAACAUACUCCAGAUGGAUCUACAGUUCAAUUUGAAUGCCAAGUUGAAGGCUAUCCUAGGCCUCAAAUCACCUGGUUCAGGCAAACAGCAAUUAUUAAGCCUUCGCAAGACUUCCAAAUGUAUUAUGAUGAUGACAAUGUUGCCACAUUAGUUAUCAGAGAAGUGUUCCCUGAAGACGCUGGUACUUUCACAUGCGUAGCUAAAAAUGCAGCUGGUUUUGCGUCCAGUACUACAGAAUUAAUCGUAGAAGCUCCUCUCUCAGAUCAUGGAUCAGAAAUGACUGUUUUAUCUCGAAAGAGUUUAUCACGUGAAUCUUCUUUGGCUGAUAUUUUAGAAGGCAUUCCACCAACGUUUUCAAAACGACCAAAGGCACAGUAUGUAGAUGAAGGAUCACAAAUUUUCUUGGAAUGCCGACUAGUAGCAAUACCAGAACCAGAUAUUGCUUGGUUUUUCAAAGGGGAAGAAAUAAUGCCUGACGAAAAUAUUUCUAUAGCCACUGAAUCAGAUAUGCACAUGUACUGCAGUGUUUUGAAAAUAACAAAUGUUAAAAAAUUCCAAGAAGGAACAUACACUGUUCUAGCGGUUAACAGAGAAGGUGAAGCUAGCUUGCCUAUUGUGCUCAAAAUUAAAACUGGGGAGAAGGAAAAACCCCAAGUAAUAGAACCACUUAAAAACAUGACUAUUAGAGAGGGUGAAAGCAUAGUUUUAUCCGCACAAGUAGUAGGAAACCCUCGACCUACUGUUACUUGGUAUAAAAAUAAUAAACCAGUAAAGUCAUUAACAACUAAGAGCGACGGCGAUACUCAUACUAUUACAAUCAUUAAACCUAAAAAAGGAAAAGACGACGGCGUGUACACAAUCAAAGCCGUUAAUUCAGAGGGAACAACAGAAACUACUGCAGUUAUCACUAUUGAAGAACCUACUGAAGAAAACGCUGAACCACCAUUGUUUAUAAAUAGAUUCCAAGAGAUAACAGUAAAGGAAAAGGGAACGAUAAAAUUAAACGCUAAAGUAACUGGAAAUCCGGUUCCGUCUAUAACGUGGUAUAGAAAUAACCAAAUUAUAAUACCUUCUGAGACAGUAACUCAAAAUUUCGACGGAGAAAAUAUAGAGUUAAUCAUAACAAAUGUUGAUUCUGAAGUUGAUUCUGGAGAUUACAAAUGCGUCGCUUCAAACAGCGCAGGCAAAGCAUCUCAUGGCGCUCGCGUGACAAUUGAUGUUGAUAAGGUAACUUUUGUGAAAAAUCUGAAGAAAUCUUAUGAAACAGAAGAAGGCAAAACUGUUGUUUUGGAAUGUCAAACAUCCCACACAGUUUCUACAAAAUGGUACCACAACGAAAAAGAGAUCAGUGGCAUGGAUCAUCGUGAAAUAAUCCAAGAAGGUCGCACGCAUAAAUUAAGGAUCAAAAGAACUAAAAUAACAGAUGUAGGCUCUAUAAAGUGUGUAGUUAAAGAUCAAGAGACAAGCACUAAAUUAAUAGUCCAUGAAACUAUACCUGAAUUCAUCCGUAAGCUACAAGACUUUGAGGUUAAAGAAAGAGAUAUUGCAAUUUUGGAAGUUGAAGUUAAUUCUGAAACUGCCGAUGUAUUUUGGGAAAAGGAUGGAGAAAAAAUUAAGCCCAAAAAGAAUAAGUAUGAAAUAGAAAAGAGAGGUAAUGUAAGAAAGUUGCUUAUUCGGAACACGUCUGUACACGAUGAAGGUGAAUACACUUGCAUUCUUCGUGAUGAUUCAUGUACCGCUGAGAUAACUGUAGUUGAACUACCUCCAGAAAUAAUAUCACGUCUUCAAGACCAAAAAGUUGCUAAAGGAAAUAAAGCUACAUUCGAAAUUGAACUUACCAAAGGUGAUGCACUUGUCCGUUGGUUCAAAGAUGGCACCGAAAUUCAAUUCUCAAACCACAUGCAGCUUACAAUUGACGGGAAAAAACAGAAGUUAAAGAUUUAUGACUGUGACAAGGAUGACGCUGGUGAAUAUGCAUGUGAAGUCGGCAGUGACAGAUGUACUGCAAAACUAACCGUCGAUGAACCCUCAAUAAACUUCACACUAAGAUUACCAGAAGUUAUAAUCGUACCAGCAAACACUGAUGCUUACUUGACUGUAGAAAUUCCGGACGAGAAUUUGGAUGUUAUUUGGUACAGAAAGAAGACAAUAAUAGAAGAUACAGAAAAAUUCAUACUAAUAUCAGACAUUACUAAGCGUACUCUUAUAAUUAAAAAAUGUACCGAAGAAGAUCAGUGUGAAUAUUCUUGUGUGUUGUUAGAUGCUAAGUGUUCAACAAAACUUAAAGUUGAAGUGUUGGAGUCUGCCCCCAAGAUUAUUGAAUACGACAGUGAAUAUAGAGUUAAAAGAGGCAGUGACAUUACUAUUUGCGUUCAUUAUAAUGCUGUACCAAUACCCAAUGAUGAAUGGAUUGUCAAUGCUAAAAUUAUCAAGAAAUCUAAACACACUAAACCUACAAUAGAUUCUCAAGCCGCAAGCUUAACUAUUAAAAAAGUAGAGAAUACAGAUGCUGGUAUAUAUAAAUUAAGACUCUCCAAUAACUGCGGAGAGGCCGAAGCAGAUAUCAACGUACUAGUUUUAGAUGUCCCAUCCGCACCCAGCAAGCCUAUCGUUUUAGAAAUAGACGAUACCUCCGUGAACAUUUGCUGGGAAGAGCCAGAAAAUAAAGGAUGUACCGAAAUAACUUACUACAUUGUCGAAUAUCAGGAAAUAAAUAGAACAGAGUGGACAUCUAUUGAAAAUGUUACAAAAACACAAUACAGCAUAGAAAAUUUGAAAACAAAGUCUUCGUAUCGCUUCCGGGUAUAUGCAGUUAACGAAGUUGGUGUAAGUGAAGCAUCAGAAAUUACGGAAUUCGUACAGAUUCAGAAGAUUACGAAAACUGAAGCUCCUACUGUAGAAAAACCAUUGAAGGAUGUCAUAGGAGGACCAGGUGAAGAUGUCGAAUUAGUUUGUAUAUUUGGAGGUUACCCACAGCCGAAGGUUACAUGGUUUAAGGAUGGAAAGAAAUUGAAAACUGCUAAAGCUACAUACGAAAACAGAGUUGCUACGCUAGUGGUAACUGCAACAGAUACGUCAGAAGGUCAAUAUACAUGUACCGCCGCAAACGAGCAUGGGGAGGUAGAAACUUCUUGCACGCUUGAAGUACAACAGAAACCAAUAAUAGAAAUUCCUGAAAAAGAAAUUAAUCAAAAACACAAGGUAGAUGAAGAAUGGUGUGUAACGGCCACUAUCAAAGGUAUUCCUAGGCCUGAAAUCUCAUGGUAUAAAAAUGGAACCAAGAUUGAACAUUCAAAAGAAAUACAAAUAUUUACUAAGGAUAGCACCAGUAGUAUUAAAAUUUCCCGAUUACAACGAUCGCAUCGCAGCAAGUACACGAUAGAAGCUCGAAAUAAAGCCGGAUCCAGCAGUGUAGAACUAUCACUGAAAGUAUAUGAUAAGCCUAGCAAACCAGAAGGCCCCGUUAUCAUGAGGGAAAUAAGCCGGGAAUCUGUCACCAUAGAGUGGAAGCCACCCCUCGAUGAUGGUGGCCUUGAACUGACCAAAUAUGCCAUCGAGAAACACGAGCCUGAGGUGGACCAAUGGGUGAAAGUAGCCGACGUCAACAAAGAUGUGGAAACAUAUUGCAUACAGAAACUUAAUGAGAAUUGCGAGUAUAUGUUCCGUAUAAUGGCACAAAAUCCCGUUGGAUUCUCAGAGGCCUUGGAAAGUGAACCAAUCAUCAUUAAAACAGCCCUAGAUGUGCCAUCGCCACCAUUGGGUCCACUUGGAAUUUUCGGAAUUAAUAAGGAUUCUCUCACAAUAACCUGGUAUCCGUCGGAGAAGAACGGUGGAUCGCCAAUCCUUGACUACAGUGUGGAAAUUAAGCAGACGGGAAAGAAAUGGGUUCAUGUGGCCACUGUCUCCGAAACUUUUGCAAAAAUUGAGAAGCUAACAGCAGAUGCAAAAUAUCAGUUCAGAAUAUGCGCGAGAAACGAAAUAGGCACAAGCCAGCCUUAUAUAUCUGACGAAGAAGUUACUAUGGGAAAAACGCUUUCUCCCCCAUCACAGCCGCAGAAAUUUGUUGUACGUGAAACUACUUCAAGAUCUGUGACUCUUCAAUGGGCGGCUCCAGAAAGCGACGGAGGAAGCGUCAUCACCAAUUACAUUAUCGAGUACAAGACUGUAAAGGGAAAAACGUGGACGAAGGUUAUUACAGUCGGGGGUUCGGCGUUCGAACAUUGCAUAGAGAAUAUAAAGGAAAAGGAUGAGAUUGUAUUCAGGAUAUCAGCUGAGAACGCUAUCGGCGUGAGCCUUCCGGCAGAGUCGCAAUCCGUGCGUCUGGAGAAACAUGCAACUGUACCGUCACCGCCAACCGCCCCGCUUGAAAUCAGAACUGUUGGUAACAACAUCGUAAUGACAUCAUGGGGAACGCCUGAAUGGGAUGGCGGGGCACCAUUGCUGGGAUACAACAUCGCUAUUCGUGACGUCACUAAAACGAUGUGGAUGGAAGUAGGCAAAGUGGACGCUCAUACCCUCAAGUUCAACAUCCGCGACCUGAGCGAAAAUCAUACUUACAUGAUCAGGAUAUACGCCCGAAACGAGAUAGGACUAAGCGAACCACUCGAAUCAGAUGAACCUUUCAAAGUGAUCCCAGGAGAAGAUUCGCAUGCGGACGAAGAGCCGGGAGAGCACACGGAAGCGACGGAGCCGACGUCGUUCAGCACGCAGACCACUACGUCGUGGCUGCGCGAGCACAACAUGGAUGCAGAUAUCCGCUCCUACGCGCGAGGAUCCCUGCUUCGCCGCGACGAAUACUUCUUUAGGAUAUGGCAUUACGCUAAACAACUAUUUAAGUGAUGCGAAUACACGCACGCGCAAACCUUUACCUGUGAUAUUUAACGUCGAAAUAUUUAUUGUACGUAGUUGGCGGAUACCUCGUACAACUGGACAUGCUCAACAUAUCCAGCGUGUCCAGCGUCGAACCCCAUGUUUUCUAAUUUUUUAAAUACGAUUUUUAUAUCUGUAUAGUAUUUAUUCUAGCUAAGAAAUUAUUUAUUUAUUUAAAACUAGUCAACAGUAAGGUCUGAUGGUGAGGUUUGAGUUUCAUUCAAUAUGUAGGUAAAGGGAGACGAAAUAUAGGUGCAAAAUAUUUUCGAGAAAUUGAAUGAAGCUCGAAUAUCUCAUCAGGCUUUUAUUUGAUAAAACUUAUUAAUAUAGCAAUUUUAAAAUAA